AUGGAUAUAUUCUUUGUAGAGGUGAGUAAAACCACUUCCUCAAAACGAAACUUUGAAUCUUGAAGUCUGAUAUUUACUUUUGGCUCGAACCCUGUACCGUAACGUGCGCGAGACGGUUUUCGUUUUGUUGUUGUUUGCUUUUGUGCUCCACGUUUUCUCACUCUGUUGGAUUCUCAUGGGUCAUAGAAAGCUUGAAUUAUCCCAAUGCUUAAAAACACAACUUUUUCUCAUUCAUUUAGCUGGUUUAUUGCAUUUGUAGAGCUUCCUCUGUUAGUACACGAGUCUACACUGUAUCCCAGACAAGCGGCAGCAGGGCAGCUCUACAGGAUGCAGCUGUACUUGGGACGGUUAGUCUUCAUCCCAACAAACCUCAUACAUAUCACAGACACUAAAGCUGUGAAUGAGUUACAAAAAAAAUUCCCCCUGUUCUGCUCAGUUAAUCUCAUUACCGACAAACAAAGACAAACAGUUCUCACGUGACAGCCUGUCUGCUAUUCCCUGUGCCCCAGACUGGUUAUUUUCCCAUAUUUGUGGUGAAGUUUAUUCAAGUAAACUGCCUGGGCAAAGUGAGUGCCCGUUUAUGUAGGAUGUGUCAUCUGUAAAUCAGCCCAGACUGCACACACACUCUCACAGAGAGGGUUUGUAGAGGAUGAGUAUGGGUCUGGUUUGUCAUCCUCAUCUGACUCAGACGAGGGCACACACACAGUCUCAGGAAAAGCUUGUACCUACGUGUGGGUGAUGUCAGUCUCCUCCUUUUCCACGCACCAUAUAAAGCCUUAAUCAGCAGUGACUCACAUGACUCAGGUUCAUAUUCCCAAUUCAUUAACAAAUUAAAAGAAGUGGUUUGAGUGGGAAACUUGCCACUGUGGCUAAAUGAAAUGCUUAAAAUUACAACUUAAACUGUAAUAGACCCUAAAUCAUGUCAUAGAUAAACUCUAGUUUUGUGUGUUGCAUAAACUCACUCUCAGUGGUCAGUUGGAGGUGAUCUGGAUUUUAGGACUUCAUCUGAUAUUAUUAGAGUGAUAUGCUGUCCAGAGGAAGGUUAUUAUUUCAGCUCAGCUCAGGAGAAAUCUUUCUUUAAUCUGGUUAUGUGUCCUUUUUCUCCUGUAUUGGAUUUUCUCAAAGAUUUAUUUGAGCAGGAUUGUUUUUGUUUUUAAAAUCAGCUUUAUCCGUAUUUUGCUUUUAGGUAUGCAUUAUGAAACAGCUUCACUGUGUUUGCUUUCAUUAUUUACCAGAGUUGAUUUGCGUAAUCAUUUCUUAAUACUUACAUGAUGCUGUCAGAGUUGCUUUCUGUGUUUGUUUUGACUAAAGGCACAUUGACAGAGGGGAUAAAGUCUUUUGAUACUUCAAUCUCAUGGACAAAUUAGCAAUGACACACCUCACUGUAACAUUGUUUGAGACAUUUAUACCCUUUAGUGCUUAUAACAGUGUUUCUAUUGUUGUGAUACAGUUAUAUUGAGGUUUUUAGCUUGGCCUUCUCACAGUCUGAAGCCAGACCUGUGUAGCUACUGAAUACUGGGCAAUGCCAGUAAAAUAGCAGCAUCUCAGCAGUGUUUGUGGUCGUCUUUUCACACUGUAGAUAAAAAACAAAACUGUAAAUUCUGGUGUGUUAAAUGACUUCUGGGUCACGCAAAGAAGCCAGCACCCUGAACUCCUCAUGCGACCAGUGUGGAUUUAAUUAAGCAGGAAUUCUGGAAGUGAAGUAAGAGGAGGAUUAAACUCAACUCAGUAAAAACAAGUGCAGGAGGAUGAAUCUGGCCUGAUUCAUUACUGUGCAUCCACUGAAUCAAUCAUGCUGAUUUGUAGCAGCUGACAUGUUGUGGAUGUCAAUGAUCUUGUCUUGAUCAUUGAGCUUUUGCAUGUACAACUUCUUUAAAAGUGUUUUAAUCUGUGUCUUUAUCUAAAAAAAACUCAUUCUAGGUCAGAGAAAGUGAGUGUUGAUCAGAUGUCUCAGCAGCAUGUUUAAUCCAGGUUUCUUAUCUGUGAUGGCAGAGGUGGUUACAAGGUAACAGAUAGCCGCAGAGUAAGAAGAGCUGCGCAGGUUCAUGGGUGUGUGCUCAGAGGUUCAUCCUGCAUGGAGCCCAUCGUAUCAAUCAGUGUGUCCUUUUCCUCUGAGGAGCUGACACAACACCAUAAAACCUUCAACUACACUGUUUUGACUCCACACCCAAUCCGUCCUCUGAAUGGUUAUGACCCACAAACACACCCAGUGCCGAAAAAGCAGAGAUGUUCAGGAAGUCCUGGCUUCUCUGACUUCUACCUAACCCUCAAGUUUGGUCACCCUAAAUGUAAUACUUUUAUUUAUUUAGGUGAUGCUUUCCUAUGUGUGUUUACAGAUUGAUUUACCAAUAUCUCCUUUCUGUUAGUAUUGUGACAUUUCACACAAUCGUCCAUUCACAGACAUAAAACAGAACCCCUCAGAUAUUUAACCUCUUUGUGAAACAUCCUGUUGACAAAGUUGAAUCCCAGCUAUGUGUGUUUCUAAACUUGGUUAUCAGUUCCUUUAUAGCAGCAGCUGCUGCACACUGUAAAGCCACAUGAGGAUCUUUCCACACCCGUUAACUCCUUCCUUGCAUUACACACCAAAUUCCUCCCUCUCAAAGAUCCUCUGACACAGGGAAUCCCGGAUUCCUAGCCCUGACCCCUGAAAUUCCCGGUCAUGGCCGCCUGUCAUCCACACAUUGUAGAGCUGUGGUGACAAGGCUUUGGGUUUCACACCAUCACCUCCACUCGCUCGCUCACGCACAGACACACAAAUUCUCCCCGUCCUGAAACAUCCCUCACCGCUCUAUAUGCUGUUUGUGUCUGGGUCUUUGAAGCUGGAGCCAUGGACUGGCGUGUCCACGUGAGCAUUCUGUGUUAAGAUGGGUAAUGUGAGAAAGCUAGAGUAUUUCUCUACCAGGGGGUAUUUUCUUUCCAGUUGUCACUUCCUCCAGCUGCUACUUAAGAGAGCUGAGAAACUGAGAUCAUUGCUCUCCACUUCCAGCCAUGCGAAUGUGCUUCUUGAGUACGGAAGGAAAUAAGGAUGUGAAUUUAGGAUGGAAGGAAGGAAGGAAGGAAUGGUCCUGCAUCUUGUGGAUUUUUUUCUCAAGCAUUGGACCAGAUAUGGUUAAAGAGUAGAUUAUCACAAUGAAUGAUUGGACUUUGACCCAUUACUGUAAAAGCAUUGAGGUUGAGGUGGAUAAACAGUGCUGUUUGUUUAUGAAAAAAUACAGAGAGGUAUUACUAAGGCAGUGUUUUAUGUGUUUGUCAGCAGAUUUCCUGCAGCUUUGGUACAGUCUGGAGGUGGUUUAAUCAGUCACGAGAGCACCAGGACUAAUUACCAGCAGGCAUUGUCCCACCCUAACCCAAAUAACGUGGAUAAUCCUUUCUUUUAAAGACACAGAUGACUGCUGUUCAGGGAGGCGAUUUAGUCCACAGAAACCUCCCAAUUUCAAAACUGCUUUCACUCUACAGUCAGCUGUGUGAUCAUAAAUAUAUGGAUCUACCUCUCUGCUUCCUCCAGCAUGUGUUUGCAUCUCUAUCAGUAACCCGAGCCUUUUCUAUCAGCAGGCUGACCUCUGCAUGGAGAGCUCAAUGCUGUGAUAACCUCCUGCUGACACCUCACUGUUGACUUUAGUCCUUACAUCCUUCAUUUCAGACAAAGAGGCUGUUAAAAAGCAGGAACACCUUCAUAUUUUUUUCCAGGUUAUCCUCCUGGUAAUAUGUUCAUGAUGAUGGGUAAGCAGUGUUUGUAUGAAGUGUCAUGACAGGUUUGGGGACUGCUGGUUUAUCACAUCCGAGAAACCUUGUAACAAUGGUUUUAGGGUUUCAUAGUUAACCAAAUAAGCCAAGAUUAUUAAAUGCAGCAGCAUAGCCAUGUACAGUGUUGUAUAGCCUAAAGUGAAUUAGUGAAAAGUGAUUAGAAUCAACAAGCUAGUUAGUGAGCUUUAGAAAUGCAAGAACUUGUUACCUUGAGACAGUGUUGGUGAGCUGCAUUUUAAGGUUAACUGUCAUCUGAUGCCAUAUUAAUCCCAGAGACAUGACAGUACUGUUAAGUUCCAUAACUAUAGGCCAGAAAACACAUUUCCACCAGUUUUCUAUGACCCCCAUUGGAGUCUCUUUUGCCCCAAUUAUAUUGCCAGUUCAAGGAGGGAUAUUUCUGCCACUAUAAUGUCUAUAUAUCUUUAUUUUGAUAGGACAGCUUGAGAGAGGCAGAAAAUGUGAGGGGAAAUCUUGAAUCAGUCUGACUGCGACUCGUGUGAAAGGACUGUAGUAGCCUCUGUACUUAGGGCCUGAGCCAGAUCAAUGCCCCAAAUUUCCUUGAAAUCCCAAACUAUUCCUCCUGAAGCUGACCUUCACCAACACGUAGUGUAAUUCUGGACUUAAGAUCAAUCAAAAAGAAAGGACCCAGCUCCAAAAACCACUCUGACGAUGUUCAAUCUGUCCUCCAACACCCAUCCUUCCUGCCCUCCCUGUGUGCUGAACUAAGGGGCAGACAUGGGUGUGUCACUACUGACAUAUAAAUCACUUAAGACUUUUGGGUGAAUCACCUUUUUUAGCAAUUGCAACAAAUCCCAGCUUCAAACAUGGUUAAGUUAGAAAUAAAGUAAAGAAAAGGUUGCACAGUCAUGCUGAGUCAUGUCUGGACUUGUGACAGCAGCAGCUGAUCUGGCGUACUUGUCUUGUUCAGUAAAACACCAAAGUAGGGCUUGAUUCAUCACAAUAGGGCUACUUUCCAGGUUGUUUGAAUUGAAAUAUAAUUUCUGACUACUUUUUAAAAACCUAGCAUGUUGCUUUAGCACAACAAAACAGACAAUCACAGAGUGUGGCUAACAAUAGCAAGGCUAGCACCACCAGCCUCUAGUCCUCCGUGCAGGUUGACAUCCACAGAGCCUUACUGUUUACACACUGUCCUAAUUGAGUGCUUAUAUACCAGUUUUGCCCAAUGCAGCCUACGUACAACUUAAGCUCAAUGUUCUGCCAAACUGCUCUGCACUAUGAGGCGCCAUCUUUCAUCUUUGCUUUUUUAAACAGAAUAGAGACAGUAUAGCCGCUGACCGAUCUGCCCUACCUGACAGACACUGUGAUCUGUAUGAGAGCACUUUUAAAUCCUCUCAGUUUGGAGGUCUUGUCAUGCAGUUUAAUAACCUCUGACCUGUGAUUACAGCUCCCAGCCCAGAUGUCGACUUUCCUUUUUUAGCCCCCUAUGAUUACUAUGCGUGAUGUCAGCCCUGAAGUUUGUGUGUCUACACUUGCCAAUAUGUCACUUUUUCCCCUACAUGUUUGGGUGAGAAACGUCACAACAAACAAAUGAGGAAUUACUAUAAUUGCAAUAAUUACAGGAUGAACACCCUGCCGGCUUAAGUACACAUCUCACACUGCAUGAUUCUUGACUGUCAUGGCCCUGAAGACUCUAACAGGCACCUUGAUGCUUAACAGAAGCAAACAACACAGCAUGGCACAAUCCACAGCCAUGACCCGUUAGCUUUCCCAUCCAUCUUUAGCCUGUUUAUUAGGAAUGAGGGUGUGUGGUUUGGCCUGAGGCUGGUUGUAGAAACAUGCAGAAAGUACUUAGACCCACGAAAGGAGUGUUUUUAAUGUUUCACGCUUGAACCCACCUUCCUCCAUGUCAGUUUGACAAAAUACUGUUAGCAGCCAUGCAUACUUUGUUCUCAGUCAUUCCUCUUUGAACUGUCUGUUUUAAACACUGACCUGAAACUAUAAUUUCUUUAUGCUAACCUGCAGUUUUCUCUGUAUUUUCUGUUAUAGUUGUUGAUGCUACUCCUUGGGUAACUCCUUUGUGUUGUGUUGAGUGUUGAAAAGCAACAUGAUAUUGUUCCAUGAAUAUCAGUACUAUAGACAGUGUGGGGUGCAAGUGAAAGCCAAAGGCAAUGCAACAAAAGCAAAGCCAUAUUGUUGACUAAACUCACCCCCCCUAAACCACUGGUGCCCUCAGACGUCUCCCACAAUCUGAACUACUCCACUGAUGGUUCAGAUGGAGCAGCAUUCCUAAAAUAUCUACAGGAUUCCUGCUGCGUGACCCCGUAGUAGUCCACGGGCAAGUACAGGGGGAGCCAGUCAUGUAGAUGACAGACAGGAGGAAGAAGGAGGAAUGCCAGGUGGCUCUGCAGAUAUUCAGUCAUGAGGCUUACAGCUGAAAAUCCAAUCAAAUGUACAGUAAUCAGAUCAUUUUCUGCCUCUUUGCCUCAUCCUCAAACCUAUUUUGUUGUUUUUAAAACAGAGUUACAACCCUAGUGCAGGAUUGUGCUAAUACUUUAAUCACCCAGCAGAAUAGUCAUGGUGAAGAGGUAUGUUCACUGAGGAUAAGACUGCAAAUCAGGACACUGUGCAAGAAGUCUGCGAUGCAGAGGCAAGCACUCUUUUAUCGUUUGCACUCUUGAGGACACAAUUUGUUAUGCAAAUUCUCUUCAAUACACUCAUUAGCCACAUGGCAGAUCGCUUCUGUCAGAGGUGGUAGGGGAGGUAGUCUGUCACCCCUCCUGCAGAAACACAGACAGACAAAAGCCGAGCACUGGUGCACACAAACACAUGGAUCUUCAUUUCAAACACGUUUUGUUUACAUGCUAAUUCUGGUAAAAGCUGGUGAAACAGCUUUUGUAUGAAGUGAUGACGGUAAAAUCCUGCUUCAUUGCUGUGUGAUGUUUGAUCUCCAUUAACCCAGUGACACAGUUAGUAUUUAUAACUCCAUCAUAUCAGACCUCCUGCUUAAACAAAAACUGUCUUUCAGUAAGAAAAUGAAUCUGCAGUGUUAACUGAUGAGGCUGCUGCCUUCAGGCCAUCCUGCUUUGAGUCUGUUUAUAGCCUCCGCUGUAGGGGGGCUCAUGCAGCCCCUUAGAGUCAAGAACAAUUGAUAAACCCACCCUUCUCCCCCUCUUCUCCACAACAGACAGGGGGAAGUCCUCUUCCCUGAGGGACUCCUCCUCCACCAUUAGCUAAUUUUGAAUCAGCUGCUGCCUCCAUCAUUAAUUCAUACGUCUUCCAGGACAGAUGCUGAAGGUUGCCUUUAAUCAUAUGAUCUCUCCCCUCGGUCACACAAUCUGGCCUUCCCCACCCUUACCCCAUGCUGGCUGGGCGCACCAGCAGCAGCAGCAGCAGGCUGGCAGGCAUUACACUGGCAGCAGGAAAACAAAAAUAAUGGGCACAAGCACAAUUUGUUAGCUAGUUCUCUUUUAAUCUUGAUAAUGUGCUGCAUUCAUCUGUUUCAGGGGUCUGGUGAUACUUGCCUGAUGGUCACAGAAAUGAGCUAGAGGGCUGAAUGACUGAGUAUAAAACAAAAUCCUCUCAGUGAGUCCAAACACUCUUGGCCUGGUUAAGAUUUUCAAACUAGAGGCAGGAAAAAACAACAUAAAUGUACUUUUUCAAAGAGCAAACCAAGUCAUGGUUUUGUCCUUUAAGACCUCAACAUAACUUAAGCUAUCUGUGAUUGUGAUAUCACAUCCUUCCCAUAAUGCUGCAGCUAAGGGGUUGCUGUUUGAAGGAUGACAGUUUUUGCCCUACUGUAAAGCCUGUAAACAGAGACCCAGAAGGACCUUUGCCCAGAUUUUCUUCCUAGCUGCACUCAGCCCAUUUGUUUAAUCUCACCAGCUACUUGGCGAAUCCCCCCCUUCAUUCCACUUACUCAGCAUUUGGAAGAUUUGGCUGCAAUCCCUGAAUUUGGCAAAAAUCCAUUCUGAUGAACAAAGGCAGAAACAUGAUGUACUAUAUCCUGCAACUUUGUUAUUCUUUAAUACAUCAUGACCAAAUGAAAACCCCCAAUUUUUUUCUCAAUUUUAUUUUACAGCCAAAAAAAAAAAAAAAAAGAAAAGAUAUCCACUGGCCUUCACUUCUUCUACUAGUUUGCUGGAAGUCUGUUUGUGCUAACGUAUUGUCCAAAAAUGUAAAAGCCAUUUUGGUCACAAACUUCUGGGUCGUUUGAGUUUCAGUUUGCUUUUUAACCUCACUAAACAAAUGCCAUUCAUUCAAACCAGUGUUCGGGGUCGCACAUCUGUCCUGACACUUUAAUGGAGGUCACACAGGGUUAGUGACUUACUCUUCUGCCUCUCUGUUGUCAUGGUAAUUCUGUAUGUCCUGGUAUAUGAGGUGUGAAUAGAUUGCUGGACCAGUCUUUCUUUUAAAAACCAUAUUUGUUUGGAAACAUCUGCCACUAAUUGAGGAACCAUUAAAGAUCUGGAGUCUAUCAAAGGUGAAAAAAUUAGGGCAAAUAUCAAUGAACGCAAAAGGCAGAGAAACAUGAGCGGGACAAGUGAAAGUAUCAGCAGCUCGAGUUACUCCUGGAUAAAUUUGUUCCUGGUAGAUAGGUUCCCGGUGUUACAUCUAUCCCCCUCCUAUGUCCGAGCCAACGAACGAGACGCUUGUCAGGUGUCCAGCUUGAUCUCCUCAUCUCUCAGUCGGGCAUCAUUCCUCGCCAGCAGUCGGUCGUACCCGCAGGACUGACAGCUUCACCGAUCUCCACUGGGCAGCCGGUCUCCCACUGCUCCAUGAAACGAUGAUCCAAGAAAUUGCUGCAUCAUGACUAAUUGUUCAACUGUGUCCAAGUUAGGAUGAGUUAAUUAGCUUUCUUUUGUCCUUGGCUGAUUCGAUCACCUGAUACCACCUGUGCUCACGCUACGCCAGACAGCAGAGAAAGAGCUGUGGCGCCUUGUACCGUGUACUUCCUUAAAUAUUUAAGGCUUGUUGGUUAGCAAAUCUCUAAGCUGGAUGUCAUUGUAUGAGCUGCAGAAACUCAAGCCUAUGACUCCGCCAUCACAUCAUUCAGCCCGAGGGGUGUCUGUGUCAUAAACCAUGAUGGGGCGUCAGUGUGCGGCCUGUUAUGGUGGAUUGGAUUACUUAUGUCGGCUAAUUCUGGCCUCUAAAGUACUGGACGUGUUUGGUAACAUACCAUGAGGUGGUGGUAAACAAUUUCCACAAUGGCCUCAAACCGAAUAAUUUGGUUUGUGCACAUUAUAGUAGGCAUAUUUAACUAUUAGGAUUUUAUGUUAUUUAACUUAAUGUAAGCUUUCCUGAUAUUAACUGGAACAAACCAAUCAGUAGAAUAGGUUGAAAAGCAGCUAUUCAGCUGUUUAUUGCCAUUAAUACUCCUCUUGGGCUACGUUACCGCUAUAUCUCACUUUUGUCAGCUACAGUAAAGUUAGGACUGUCGGCGAUCUCAUUUUCAUGUUAAAUGUACAAACUAAUUGAGUCGAGUAAUUAUAUAGUCGUGUAUUUAUAGUCUGUAGUUCACAUGGGGAAUGCAUGUUUAAUCGAAUUUACAUUAAAAAGGACACUGCCUUUAUUUCCUCCUGUUGUAAAACUGUGAAGCUGAAAUACCAUCUUGAUGGGCGCUGACAUGUUGCAUUGGUUGCAUUUUUAAGAUUUAAGUGAUCUGGCAGGUGGACAUCACAAAUAUUUUGCUAACCAAAACACACAUAAAAAUGAUAAGAUGUCCCUGUACAGGGGCUUGACAGUAUUUUUCUUUUAUGCUGAUUUUUACAUGUGCUUCAGGUGGAUGUCAGUCAAAAUUCAAAUAGUUAGGCCCCUCGGCCACAAAGUAAAAUAUGCUGUUAUUUUUAAAGCUAGCUUUUUGAAAAGUUGUGAGGAUUUAAUUUCAUUCAGACAUUUUGCAGAUGCUAGUGAGACUUUAAUCUUUUAGGACAUCGUUGCAGAGGCAGAAAAUGUAGAGAGAAGAGUGUUGGAAAGACCUGGAGCCAAGGGGUUGAGUCUGUGUCAGCAGUUCUGCUUUACAUUUCAAUGGAGUUAUCAAAACAUCUGGUUACCAGAGGCUUUGGAGUGAAGUUCACCAUGUACUAAGGCUUGAUGAUUAAAUCCAGUAAAUCUUUGGUUUCAUUAAGAACUGAACACUUUCAGGUGGCCUGGUGACUAAACCUGUGCAGUGUGCACCCACAUGGUCCUCAAAGUGGGCGGCUCAGGUUUACCCAGCUCCAACCUGCAGCCCUUUGCCUUCUGGAUUCCUCCUUUACCCACAAUCCCAUCCUCUCUGAGCAAAUACAUAAUAUCCCUAAAAUAAAAAAUAAAUAAAAACUUUUCAGUCAUUUUGAUGGAAAUUUAAGAACACACACUGUAUCAGGGGUUUAGUCCAAAUGGUAAGUCAUUCAGCAGCAGCAGCAGCUCAUUGAAGUCUUGACACAAGCUGAUACCUGUGUCCCCUCUGCGUCCCAGCUGGCCUUUGUUUGGGAUAUUUCCGCCUGGUUAAGUUCUGAGCUCUCUGUCAGGGGUGGCCGCUUUUGUCUUGACUUAGUGACAGAGCUCUUGAGGAUGAAGGGGACAAAGGGGAGGAGUUUUGUUGAGACCAUCUGUUGCUGAGACAAUUCUUCUUGACUCUAUACCCUCUUGCUUGAACUCACAUGCACACUUAGAUGCUCACUUGUAAAAACAUAAAGAAAAACAGACCAACACAUCCGAGAGAUCCAACCACUUAGCAUCAUUUUAUUUGACUGUUCUUCUUGUUAAUCCACUACAACACCUUAUUGUCUACAUUGCUGAAUCCUGACAUGAUAUUUGGGAAGAGUUUUACCAUGGCAAAAAUACAGAAGGCUUCCUCAUUUGUUCAAUAUUUUAUUGUGAACUAAAAACAAGCCUAAGCAAGUCAAUAUUGUCUUGAUAUUUUUGCAUAAAUUAAGAUCAAACUUAAACAGUAAAGCCCCUUAGUCUUUGCUUUCAUCCCUGUUAUUUUCUUUUGUCCAUUUAAGGUCAUUUCUGGAUGUAGAACAAUGUCAAAUUGAAUGAAAAAUAACAUGUUAAAAGUGACAUCUGGGCCUGAAUAAUAUAUGUGCCUGAAUCAGACCAAUUAAUAAUUAUCUUUUGUUUAUUGCUGACUUCUUGUCCAUUUGUAAGAUUAUAGUUCCAUGUUCCUGAAUUUAUCCUUUAGAGAUGCAGAUGCUUACACAGAAACCUGAUGAACCAGCUUGUUUCUGACAUUCUUAUGUUCAUUCAGCAAUUGUUGCCAAUAAUUGGUCAUCUUAACUGCUUUAAAAAAAGAAACUAUGAUAACAUAUGUUCUUGCUUAUCAACUCUGGGCUUCUUGGCUCGUUUUCAUGGAAAAUCUCCCAGACACUGACUCAGUGACUGAACUGUUGAUAGCAAGUCACUUUACCCAUUCAAUUUUGCAUUAAUGAAAUUCAAGAAAAUCCUGGAUGCGGUAAAAUGUGGUGAAAAAUCUGAAUUCUGUGCUGCUCUUAGGGUCAGAGCCUGCCUGCUUUUUACUGUGUGCAACAUCUUAUGUAAUCUAACUUUUGUUAAAACCUACUUGCUAAGAAGUGUGCUGUCACAGAAAUGAGCUGUGCUGUACCAGCAUUUGUCUGCUGAAAUCAAGUCCCUUUCAUUUUUAGUUACAUAACCUCAACUGAUCUUCUUAUAAAUCUAUAGAGUCAACACUAUUAAUCCCCUCAGUGGACCUCAGAGGACUCACGUGAAGUAGCUUUUUUCCUGAGCAGGCUGUGCAUGCUCAGCCAGUACCAGGGAGAAACAGUUGGUCACUGGUGGGGGAGUCACCAAUCUUCUUAUGAUUAAAAAAAAAGGAAACUCAGUUCAUAUAAAGCCAUGUGUUGGAGAGCUCCUCUGUUGUUUUUCUGUUUCUGUUUGUGCCUCUUUUCCAGACAAUAGGAGGCGGGACAUUAUCAGGAGUCUGCACCCUUCCUCCUUCCCCUCAGCCCCCCUUCCCCUCAGCCUCCUCCUAAAUUACUCGACCCUCUUACCCCACUCACUGCUGUCCCCCGUGGUUUGAAAGAGCCACAUUUAGCUGCCCUCCAUUAGCUGACUGAGGGGAAGAAAACCUGCAUGAUGAAAGUGGGUUUGCAGGCUGACUGGUCGUACUGAGUGACCUUUUGUCCAAAAAAGGCAAAGCGAAUCACCAAAUAAAGAAGAGUCUGGAGACCGUCAUCACUCUGAGCAAUUGUUGUGUUAAUAACGUAAUGUGUUAUAGACCCAGAGAGACGGCGUUGAAGUGUAUCAAAGAAAGGCAUCCUGAUCUUUGCUCUGACCCUGCUGUUGAACACAUUUGUGCUCCACAGAUGAGAGUGUGCACACACGUGGUCUGGUCGCCUGUUGUUAAUAGUUAAUGAGGAUUGAUGUCUGGAAGUGGUGACCUUGUAUAAGGUGUCCUAGUGGAAUCCAUGAAUAUUGAUCUGAUUGGUUUUAUGCUCUGUUGGCCACACAAAUCCUUUUUUGCCCCACGUUUUCACCAGCCUCCUUGAUGGUGGCACUUGCAAUGAUUAAUGAGUUUAGUUGCUCAGAGAUGAGGAUGCAACACUGUUUGGAUCAAUUGGGCAUUAGAUAUCUCAUUCAGGAGCUCAGGAGGGGUUUGAUGUUCAUCUCUGUGUUGCCCUGCUGUGUCAGCUGUAUUUUUAUGACCAAGGCACAGGUUCACGUGCUACACAAAUUCCCAGACUUCAUCCAGUUUGGCUGCACGUAUGAACAUAAACGACCAAAUUUUUCAUCAUGGACUUACUAAUGCUGGCCUUAGAGUAAAAUGCCCACGAGAUGUCGGUUUGAGCCGAUGUGUGAAUGAAUGUUGCAGGUCAAAAUCAGAAAAAUUUACAGUAGAGAGACAGUGUUGUUUGUGCUCGUAAACACAGAAACAAAGAGUUUGUGAGAACUAGGGAUGGGCGAUAUAGGCUAAAAAAUUUAUCAAGUUAAUCAUGUAAUGUAAGUUUUGCCAUUCUGCCGAUAACGAUAAAAGUCCAAAUAAAAAAACAUUAUAAUUCUUAUUCAUGUAUUUGACUCAUUCUGUCUUGAGGACACUGGUUGGCAUAGUCAAAUAAGACACUUAACCACAUGUUUAAAUGGGAGGUUAUAGAGAAAACUAGAGAAAUGUGAAAAAACACUGUUCAACAUUUGUUGAAAACUCUUAUUGCACAGAGUGAACAGCAGCAGAUCCACUCUCCGAUGUCAGCCAUAACUGAUUGCACUCGUCUUAACCCCAGUCUUGAAGGAAAUCCCUCAAGUAGAGCCUUGUUUAGCAAUUACCUGCUCAGGGACGUCUUCUUCACCACCUUCAGCCAUGUUUGUUUGUUAUUCUGAUCUGUGUGGGCUAUGACUGCAAGUCCUUUGCUCGCACUUACCUCAUCAACUUGCAUUUAUCGCUUUUAGCGUGAGGUGGCAAAUAUUUAUCAUGGAGUUGUUCUCUGUUGAUAAAUGGUGAAUGAUACUUAAUGAUACCCAUCCUUGUUUGAAAACCAUGUGCUAAUGAGUUCCUAAAUAUCCUGAAAUUAUCUGAAAAUGUUCCUCUAAAUGUUCAAUUUCACCCUUGAGAGUCUCUGCUCCUAUAUAAAGUUUAACCAAAUGUCCAUGUUUGUUGUUUUUGUAAUGGACACGUGGAGUUAGUCAUCCCAAAAGAUUCACCGUUAAAACAGGCCACAGGCAUUCAUCCUCGUCCACUACAGUCGUUAAAACCCUGCUGUUUCUAUAAAUGUGUCCUCUACUUCCACUGUGAGGAAAUGACCGUCGGCAUGAGCAAUCAGCCACAGAUUCCUGUUAUUGCCUCUGGAUACUGAGCCGCUAACAAACACGUCUGGAAAGGUCGGUGACUUCUCAUGGAUACACAAACACAGGAGACCAGGCCGCUCGGAUCAGCUGUAGUGAAUGUGUUAUUGUGUCUGGAACCACGAUCUGAUCCGAGACGUGCACACACAAAAAAGAUUGAUUGAUUUACCAAAGUAGCAAAUGUUGACUACCGGUCACAUUAUUUCAUUUGAUCAUUCAAUUCAGCACCAACAACCAAAGUCCACGAAGUCUAGAGCCCUUUUUUUGACAGCUUCACUGGGUGUGUGUGUGUGUGUAACUCUAACUGGUAGUUAAAGCCUCUGACACACCCUGCACAUGCUGCCUGGCAAACAACUUUUCUCUUCUAAAAAGCAAUGACAGUUUAAUGAGAGGAUAACUGUGCCAGUGUGUUAUGGUGAGGGAGCUGCUAUGUGGCAGAUAGUGGUGAGCUAUGCUGGGAAAAGGGGAAAACUGGUAAAAGAGAGAGUGAACCUCAGCAGUUUCUUCUGACUCUGCAGCUUUUUCUCCCUCCUGGCUUUCAGACUGCGCCUAAAAAACAAGAAAUUUUACAGAUGUGACUGUUUUUCCAGAUUAAUGUUGUAUUUACUUGCUUUCAGUAAGUAAUCAACCUUCAAAGCGGCAUCUCUUGAAAAGGACUUUAAUGCAAAGUUUUGGUCCUUUUUUCAUCAAACGCACGACACCAGCCUGAGCCAUGAGUCCAGAUGCUAAUGCUGGUCUUCUACCUUUUGUGUUGCAGGGGGCCCGUGUCUGGCUGAGACACAAAGAGCAGCUCCUCCCCUCCACCAUCAGCUCCUGUGAUGAUUCGUCCCUGGUCCUCACCACCGACUAUGGCAAGGUAAGAAGGCUCCUUUCUGCCUGAUGCGCCUCACUCAUGAUGCAUUUUCUAUCUGGUUGCAUAUGUGGGCAAGGUUAAUGGCUUGUACGUGUGUUUCAUGUCAGGGUGCAGCGGUGGGAUCAACACCUUUUGUAAGAAAGUAAGAAUGACAGGAAUGGACCUCUUGUGUCAAGUCAUAGGCCUGAGCUUAUCUGUUUGGCAGAGCAUGGAGGUCUUUGUGUCUGGAGGAAAUCCUGUUUUAAGAGGGGGGGGGGGUUAAUGGCAGGUUUAAAAAAAGAUCCUUACUCUCAUGUCUGUGGGUCAAAAAUGAGUCCAACUAUUAUCGAAAGGAAUGCCUUUGUACUGAAGUGACUCUGUGGGCAGUUGAGAUGAUCAUCAAAAACUCCAUUUGGUCUUUUAAUCAGGUCAGGGUCUGAGGAAGGAACUGGCCAAAAGACUUCAGCCUGCACACAGCAUCAUUUCUACACCUAGAUUCACAUCCCUACAUGUAGGGGGCUCACAAGAUUUAGCAUAGAAAUACGUUCACUGUAGCUGUCCUGUACCGAUGGAUACUGGCUUUGUUAUAAGUCCCACUCCGAUUGUUUUUUUUGUUCUCAGCAUAGACUGUAUAUACUAUGGACAACUUGGUUCUGCCUUCUGCCAGUAUAUGGAUUUGAAGCCGAAAAGCUCUUGGUAAUUCCGCAUAUUUUCUCCACUUCCUGAAACCAACAUUGUGCAGCAGCGUUGUAUGCACUCCACCACUUGCGCAGUAGCAUUGUGCCAGUCAUAAGGAUGGCUGGCAGAGGCAGGAUUUAUGACCUAUACUGCAGCCUGUCACCAGGAUGUGCUUUUCUCGGAGUGGCUUCUCUCAGCGAGGCAGAUAGCAUCCAUUCUAUAUACAGUCUAUGGUUAACAGUGGUUUAUAAAUUGUGAUUACUACAUUUUUUGCCAAAAUCACAUUACCUUUGUCAUUUUCAAGAGCUUUUCUUCUGCAGAGCUCCAGUUUCUCAUUAGCAAUUUACCUCUGAGUCGUGGGCGUAGACAGUGCUGCUCUGCACACUUCUUCUCAAGUUAGCUUGUAGACUAUCAUUGCUGGUGUAGUAGAAGUAGCAGGUAACAUAGGAACUAUUCAGCUUUCAUACACUAAUGUCUUUGAGAGCAUGAUGAAAGUUAAUAUCAUAAUUAGCUUUCUUAUGAGCAUUGCAAUCUGCUAACGCAUACAAUUGUUCUACGAUAGUCCUCUAUACUUCUCUGAGUCUGGCCUGCAGAGUGGGGCUCUGUGGGCGGAGCUUGGAUUUGUGACAUAGGAAAUAUUGUAUCUGAACCUGCGUUUGUAUCUGCCAGAGGUUCACAGCGAUUUGAAUGAAGAAUACUCAGAAAUGCAAUUUUACACUUAUUUGUUUCAUGAUAUGUCCUGUAGCAUGAUGCCAUAGGAACAAGACAACAAGAAAAGCAUGAUUUUCAUCGGAGUGGGUCUUGUAAGUGUAAGUGAAUAAGGAGUUAAAGGUUGCAGAUCUGUCCAUUUGAUGCAUUCCAGCGAACCAAGGGAUUCAGGAGGAGCUUUGUGCUUAUUUACCCCAGCUUCCUCCUGAACAUCAAUCUGUCUUUAAGUUAGGAUUCCUUAUUGUAGUCAUCAUUUUCAAAACAAAUGGACUUGGUAAUAAAACUGUAACGAAAAGACUCAACAAAGGGGGGCUGCCGGCUGAGCUACCACAAAAGUUCUUAUAGAUGACAGAAUUUUUUCCUCUCUGACAGAGGAGGACAUUUACUUUCUUCACACGACCACUAUUCCAACCUCAGUGCUAUUCUUUUUUGUCCUCAAAUGUUCAUAUUGGAAAAAGUGGUGUGCGAUUUUGGCAGCCAAUGGGAAGAUCAGGUCUAAAGCUAUGAUGUUAAACAGUCUCAUUUUCAUCCGGGGGCUAAAUUGCCUCAGUCUUGUUGAGAGUGUUACACCUUUCAGUUGUGAUUUGCAGAGGUGGCACGUUUUAAAGAGAGUCAUAGUGAAUGUUAGUGAUGGAACGUAUGAACUCAUCUCCUCCAUACGCCUCCUUCCUGAGCUCACUGGUUUGAUGUUUCUCUCUGGUCAGUGGUGAGGAUUCCUGCAGAGUGAGGAGUCAGCCAUGUGUGGUCAGAGGGGCAGGGAUGACUCUUAAUGAUGGAGUCACCAUCUCUCCCAGCUAAGAGGGAUUUACAGCUAUAGGUCGGAGUUUAAGAAAGGAAUAAGAGGACCCUUUUUAUUAAUCGUCUUGGUGUGAAUGGAGAAAACCACAGGGCGUUUCUCCCAGUUCGAUAGAAAUAACAUUUCUGUGAGCGUUAGCAGGAUCAGGGUGUUGAACUAAUGCUGGCCUGUCUAAUAUGAUCUUCACAUGUAAGCUCAGGAUCAUCUGGUCAUCAGGCUAGGCAUAUGGAUGUCUCCUCUUUGUCCAAGUCCUAAGACUGUGCAGCCAGAAUGACAGGAAUGUGAGAUUGAAAAACAGAUCAUCUUCACUCUCAGGGUCGCUGCGUGACCUUAUUUGAUCCCUGCAUUUCUUUAUUUAGUUGUAUAAUCUUUAUUUAAACCCAGCUCCUUAAGUGUGUUAGUGUUAUGACGCGUGUGUGCCAUCUCUCUGUCUGUUUUCCUCUGAUCCUAGUGUCUCCAUGCUCCUGUAGAGCGUCUGAGGUGGAUUGGUAAAUGUAUACUGGCAGAAUUUUCCCCUCAGGGUGGUUUGGGUAUACCAUUAUCCACAGCUUUAAUGCUCACCCUGAGGUGCAGCUCGAUCCCUGUCUGAGCUUGCAGACUCAAGACGCAGCCUCGGCUGUAACAGGCUGACCUGGCUGCUGUCACAUUAACCAUCAUAUCAGCAUCCAUCACUGUCUCAGCCCAGAACAACACAGACCCGUGUGGAAAGAAAAAAAAGAAACAGCAGACACACAGAAGCUGACAGCUGAAUGUCUCGUUACUUAGUGUGUGUGUGUGUGUGUGUGUGUGUGUGUGUGUGUGUGUGUGUGUGUGUGUGUGUGUGUGUGUGUAUUUUUUGUGGCCAGAUGGCACCAGCUGGAUUAACAGUGUGUGAGUUAUCCCCAGAGAGACCCACAUGUAUAGAAAAGCAGGAAGGGGCUCUGUCACCUGAACUGAAUAGCUGCUGCUGCUGGUGAUGAUGUCAUCUUUCGGCUGAACAAUAUAUUGAUCUUGACCUGAUUCUGUUAGUAUGGGGUCAAUACACAAACUGUUUCAUGUAUGAAUCAUUUUACACACAUGCAGCAGCUCAUACUUCGGAUCAUACACCCAAAUUUUUACACGAGUUAACAGAAAUAUGAAUUAGUUAUGGCAGGAUAGCAGUUUUCAUAAUUAACAAUGAGUUGAAACAGUAAUUAAAGGGAUAGUUCUGUAUUUUUCAUUGUGUAUAUUCAAAGAGGAUAUCAGUCUGCUGUGCCCCUUUGUUGUGAAACUGUAUGGAGAACCUGAACCAAAGCUUGUCUACUCACUGCUGCAGCCAAUUCAUCUUUAGAUUUAGAUUUCCAUUUGGAUUUAUUUCUUCCAACUAAUUGUCUUAAUCAACACAGAGAAAGAGAUUAGACUCAACUUUACCAAAGUGUGGUCUCUGAAGUUGGCUUUAACGCCCAGCUUUAGCGCCUCUGAGCUUUUCAAUAGACCACUGAUGGCCUCUCAGUCUUUUCUGAAUUAUUGGUCAAUGGAGUCAUUAUGUGACCCCCCUCUAUGUGGGUGAUGUGUAUUCAUGAAUGUUCUCACAUGUUCACACUGAUGUUAUUGUGGGCGUCUGUGGGUUUGGUAAACCCGUGUCAUGCUGAAUUUUGGUUUUUGGAGCACCAAGUUUGGAAAUUAUUUGUGAAGGUUUUCAGAAAAAAUAAAUGGAAAAACUCUAUUUUCCCUUUAAUAAGCCUAUCUCCUAUCAUGACCCCCCCUCUGCUGUGUCUCCAGGGUCUGGGUGGGAUCCCCCCUUCAGCAGAUGGAUACACUGUAAGACAGAGACAGACUCAGACAUGGCGAGAGAGGAAAAAAGAGCAAGCAAGGCAGAAACAGACAGUGAUAAACAAGACGGUGUUUGUUUGCACGGGUCUGUGGUUUUAUAUGUGCACAUGUGUUGUUUCUAAAGGCCUGAAUAUAUCUGCCAGUGAAGGUCCACUGAGCCUCAGUGCCGCUCCACCCUGGCUGAUGUGUGAAUAUUCAGUGGAGUUGUUGGAACAAAGCAGCAGCAGGGUGUGGUUUCAGCUCCGAGGAAACAAAAGGGAAGAUCAUUAUAGCUGCAACAGUUUCACAUUCAUGGGCUUUAGUCAGGAAAAUUGUGUUUUGUCUGACUUAUAUCUAACAAAUUUUAUUCACGAGAGGGCAAUUACACUCCCAAAAUGAUUAAAGUGAGAACAAAAGCUGCUUGCUAUUAUGUUGAUCAUAAACAGUAAAAAAAAAAUCAGAUAUAUUUAUUUAAGAUAAAAAGAAAAAUACAAGCAAAUACAUAACAAUAUUGAGAUAACAUAAUGAAAAUAAAAUUUGUAUAUCUUUCUGAAUACAUACAGUGGAGCAGACAGAUCUCAGUUAGUGUUUUUAGUGUGUUAAUCGGACAGGAAGAGAGAAAUAAAACAAGAAUUGAAACAAAGAAAGAGUUUACCUGUUACAUCGCCUGUUUUUCUCUCAAAAGAUUUGUGUAUAUCACUUAUUUGAAAAUAGGUCAAAGACAACAUGCAUAAUAUUAAAAUAGGAAAACAUAAUUUUUUUAAAGACUGCACUCAUUUCGAACUCAAUUUUAGGAACAGGUUAGAAAGAAAGCUAGGUUUGAGUUAUGGUCACCUCCGUUUUUUAACCUUUUCUUUAACAACUCUACUCUCUCUUUCAUAGUGCACCCUAAAGAAUUAAUUUAAGUGUAUUUUGGAGCUUUCAGGCCUUUAAUUAGAGUUAGGACAGGAGGGAAGUGGAAAGAUAUUUGGGGAUAAAAUAAGACAAUCGUGCGACAACAGUUUCAAACUGUGAUAAAAUAAUUUGAGUUUCAGCUCAAGCUCCAUUUGCAUGAUAUUGAUUUACAUAUAAACUUUGUGACAUAUUGAUCCAGCCUUACUGGAUCAUGUGUGCGGCAUGAAAUUACAUCACUCAGAUCAUUAGCAGUGAUGAUGCUGGAGGCUGGUGUGAGCCUCACUCAUCUACUGAGUAAAAUCAUAAAAAACAAAGUUACUUCAAAAUCACACCGACGAUCACGACACCAAAUUCUCUUAAUGUGUGAUAUUUUUCUUUUUUUUUUUAAAUUUCAGAGCAGUAGGCUGUGAGGUCAUUAGUUAAUUGGAGGUUGAAAAUCAAUCCUAGCAGACACAUGCAGUGUUACAUCACCACCAGGUCAGUCUGGGACAGUGUUGGAGAGCUUUACACUGCUGGUGGUAACACUUUAAUCAGUGUGUGAAACAAAUAAAGACAGUUAAUCAUGUUUCGCUCUUGAAUGCACUUGUGAUCCAUCUAAGCUUCCCAAUAACCACAUCUUAAGGUUUAUUGUUUCAUCUUCAUUGUUUGAUCUGAAGCUUGUUUUUCAAGUGUAAAUGAAUAUUAAAGUGGAAUACAGUGGCAGUGAUUUAUUUCAUAGUAAUGAAACCAAACAAAGGAAGAAAACCACAGAGGGGAAAACACCUCUGUGAACCUCUUUGGAAAACCCAACUCAGUUUUUUUAAGAUGAUUCUCUGGUGUUUUAAAGCAUGAAACAUCCUGAGGAGAUCAAUAGCAAAGGUCAGUUCAUACGAAGAGACAAACUAACACACAUUCACAAAGAUAAGAGUAUGGAAAGACAGUUCCUCUGGUGUUGUGUUAAGAUAAGGGUGAAUUCCAUGCAGUGUGUGUCAGCGUGUGCUUCUCUUUGUUUUCCAGCUGUGAAACUUGAGGUGUAACAUUGACCCUCUCAGCCUCCUCUCAGUGUUUGUUAUUCUGGGUUAUCUUUGCCCCAAGCCACCUCAGAGUAACUUUGAACUUGUGCUGGGGAAUGUAAAGAACGCUGACAAAAUACAAAGAAGUUGAUCUCACAUUUCUAAAGUUUGUUUGACUGAGUGUUGGACUCUGAAGGUGAAAUCAAACCUAAUAGGCUGAUAAUAUUCUCCAAUUUCCAGCACAUAUUUGCCUGAUGAAUAAAAACAAAUGGUUAAAAAUGCUUGAAAUAGUUUCCUUUUAUUUCAAUAGCUAGGAAAGAAAAUAUGAGAAAACAAACCCUUAUUAAAAUCAUAACAAACACAGAGAGCCAACUUUCUUUUGCAUAUUAUCUGAAGUCAAACUUUAUUUCCUCUGGAUGAAGACAGAACACAUUUCUUCCUUUAGGGCAUUAAAUUCAUAAGAAUUAAAACCUGUUUUAUAGCUAAUGUAACCCCCUUCACUAAAUACACACACAAAAAAAUGCCGCUUAAAAUACUGUUUCAGGUGUUUUAUUAUCCCAGUGAAAUGUACUGACUUGAUAAUGUGAUUUACUGGUCGCACCAACCAACCUGUUGGCAAAGGUCAGUGAUUGCUUCAAUUAAAUAUCAAGAAAACUAAAACAGAUAAAGAUAUGUUGAAUGCUAUGGAAGUGUAUUGCAUUAACCAAAAAAAAGCUCUUUUUAUCUGAGUAUUUUUUUUUCCUUUUUUUUGGACAAUUUUCCCCCCUGUUUUUCAGACUUAUUUUUUUGUUUUUCAGACUUUUUUUUUUUGGUUUUGUUUUUCAGAUUAAUUUUUCUGUUUUUCAGACUGUUUUUUGUUUUUGUUUUGUUUUUCAGACUAAUUGUUUUUCCUAUUCUCUGGGAUCAUGAUCAUAUAUAAACAGACGCUUUCAUCCCCCUCUGCUCGAUUUAAUGGAAGCAAACAUGGCCCACUUGUUUAGUUUAAUCAAUUUUUACAUACUCCUUUCUUUUUGUCGGAUAGAUGAAGUCACCAUAAGUUUGUCUACUUUGUGCAGGCACCUCAGGAUUUGCAUACCCUAUGUUUAACUGAUAACAUGCUUUACUCUCAUUAACCCCGUCAUCGCAGUUAUCUAGGAGCUGGAGAAUCAGCUGAUUGGGAGCAGCUCCAGUGGUUGACGUUUUUUGAUUGUAUGAGAUUCUCACAGGAUUUUGAAGUAUCUCGCUUAGUCAGAAAAAAAGAAUUGUCUGAAAAACAGAAAGACAGAAAAAAUAGUAUGAAAAACAGAAAAAAAUUGUCAGAAAACAGAAAGCGGUGGAAAAUUAUUACUACAAAUAAAACAGAAGAAAAAAAAUAGUCAGAAAAACAGCAAAGAAAAAAAUACUCAAAAAAACUGUUUCCUUUUUUUUUGUAAAUGAACGCAAUACACUUCCGUAGAGUGCAGCCCCAUGGGGGGAAAAGAAAUAAAAGAAAAGACAAAAAUGAUACAAGCCCCUCACAUCAGCUUGUGUUUCUUUAGCACGUCUUUAAGGUAAUCAGGUCGACUGUUCAACUUGAAGCAGAAAUAUUCAGAGCCAGAUGUUUACUUCUUCCUGAAUAAGUUAAAACAGACUUACACAUCUCCAAAUAGGAAACAGUUUGGUAUGACCACACAAAUCCAGCAGAGCCCAGGUGUCCACACAGACAUCAAUCACACUAAGUGAGUGAUAUAACUGAAUGUGAAAUGAUAAUGCAGAUUAAAAAAUUAAAACAAGUGCACAGCCUGUUAAAUAUAUGAGUCGCUGAGGCCCUGUUUGGUGAAAUGGUCCAGGGUGUGGAUCAUCAGGGCGGGGUUAACGCUGCAUGUUUAGGGUGCAUGAGGCUGUAAAUCUGACACUUGUGCUCCACACUGGAUGACGUUACUAUAAGUGCUGCUCCCCCCAAGGUGAAAGGGUGAAGCUUUCACAAACCUGUAAUACCUCAACAGCAUGAAGCAACCCACUGAUGGCUGACAUGUUAAUGUGCUGGAGUCUAAGCAUAUAAUGGCAAACAUAGUGAGUCGGUUAAAAUUUUAGAUACUUGUAAGGCUUUCUUCAACACUUAAUCAGGUUUCUCCUAGUAAGAAAGAAGAAAAGAAAGUAUACACACAUACAGUAUAUAUCAAUAUAUAGCAGCUCCUCAACCAUAUCAUCUCCUUCAGGUGUUUAUGUGUUAUAUACAAUCAGAUUUGAGACACAUGUGCUCUCUGAAAUAUACGUUUGUUUGCUCCUGUCUGUAUUUGGACAAAGUAAAAGUUUCCAUUGUUUGCAGUAAUUUUUGUGCCGAAGUCUUGACGUUUUUUUCAUUCACUGGUUUAUUCUCACUUAUCGAUUAUUUUAUCCAAACACUAGAUGAAUAUAAAGGCUGUCAUUAAACUCCCACGUUAACACACUCAGGGUUCAGUGCGUUACAGCAUUUUCAACUCAUUGUUUGGUUUUACAGCGCACAACUUAACUGUUUUGUUUUAAUCCAAGUGCUCUUUAAACCCUGUUUAAUUUGGAGCAAACAGAUGUUUUUCUGCUUGUAAGCUUGUUUUCAAGUUUCAGACAGCAGACAGACACAAUCUGCUGCUCGAUGUAAGCAGGGUGAGGCAUUUUACUGCUAAAAUAUCAAUUAUUGUAGCUGAUAGUGACUAAAAAUAAAGCGAAAAUCAAAUCAAGUUUUAACUUAAUAGUGUCAGGAAUGAAAUGCUCAUAAAGUGAGGAUACUUUUAGCUGCUUUGGAGGAAUUUCUUACAACAGUCAUGUGGUUACAGUUUGUCAAGAUGCAUAAAAUUAACAAAUACUGCUGUAAAUAUGAUAUCUAUUAAAUAAUAGCCCCAUCGAUUUAACCCUCAUUAUCAGAACUCAGUCCUCAGCAGCGUCUGUCCUGACUCAUCAGUAUAAGAGAAACUAGCGUCUGCUCCCAGCUGGGACACAUUUGAGUCCUCCAGUAUGACCAGAAGUAAUGCAAUGGGACACCACAAGCCCAGCUCCUCCUCACCCAGAUGUAUUGAUCCUGAACACAGUUUCCCAUCAAGUAACCAACAUAGUUGCAGUCUGUCCGCCCUCUCGCCUUGUGUCUCUUCCAUUAGAGUUCUGAUAGCCAGGGAGUCUGCCAGACUGUCUGUGGGUUUGUUUGACUGUUUUUCAUUUCUGUAAUACUGUAGACAGAUGCUUCCUUCCUUCUUUCCUUCCUUCCUUUCUUGUCUCCUUCUUACUUGCUCUAUUUGGAAUCAGAAUUUGUAAAAAAAAAAAUAAUAAUAAUUAAAAAAAACACAAAGGAAUUUUAAAUGCCAUGGAAACAUCAUGUUUAGUACUUAUCCAACAGUGAUAUGAAGGAAGUAACCACACCAGAGGGACAUGUAGAGGUAUGAGUUUACAGGGUACUACCUUCACCCUUGGUCAAAGAGGACUACUAUAUGUUUGUGUUCUGCCAGCAUCCUUAUUCAGAUCUGUUUGAACUUGUCUUUCCUCCUCUUGCAUUAUCCGUGUUCAGGUGUUUUAUCUUUGCAAAGUUCAGCAGAGACUUCUGGACCUCUGCUGCAUCAACAGCAAUGAACCAACAGAUCAGCUGUAAGCAAUAUGCAUCAAAUGCAGUUGAUGAGAAGGCUGCUUGGUGGUGCAGUGGCAGGCACUGUUGUUCUUUUUUUAUAACAUACAGAUUUUUGGUUCAAGUCUUGGCUCAGACCUUCCCGGGGGAAGUUUGCAUGUUCUCUGCAUGUACGGGGCUCUGUACGGCUGCUUGUUAGGUCGCUCGGUAAUUCUGAAUGAAUGUUGCACAUCAAUUCCCAUCAGAGAAAAGCCAGGACAAAUUGUUGAAAUCAUUCAUCACCAACAUUAACUUUUUCGAAUGCUUAGAUAUGUGUCUGUUUCAGAGAAGAAGCAGAAUUUUUGCAGUUUAAGAUAAGACAAGAUAAGAUUUACUUUAUUGAUUUUCCACUGGGGAAAACAGGUUGCAGUAAAUACAUUUUAAGUAAUGUCAUUUGGGUUUUGGGACAUCAUGCUGGUUCAGCUUACUUUUGGGAUAUUUUAGAUGAAAUUAGGGCUACAUGAUUUAGUCGGAGAACAAGAAAUCAAAUCAGCCAACAGAUAAAUCAAUGUGUGCAACAGCAGUGUAAUAUAGUUGUAUAAAGGAUAAAACAUGGCCUUUUUUCACAUCUAUCUAGUUCACUUUAAAAGCUGAUGCAUUUAGGGUGCGGUUGCUUCAACAAGACCCUUUUAAACACACUGUAGAUUAAGGAUUGUGAGACUUGCUUGCAUAUAUGUUUCCUCAGGUUAACAUGUAUCACCUUGAAAAAUUCCUCAACUGCAGAUUCUUUUCUAGUGAAUCUAACUCUGUUUUUUUUUGUUUAAUUUUCCAGGUGAUUUACCUCCAGAGGGCAGAACUGAACAGGGAGAUGGUGUACUCGAUGCACCCCAGCAGCAUCCACGGCGUGGAGGACAUGUCCACGCUGGCAGAGCUGCACGAAGCCGCCAUCAUGCACAACCUUUUCAUGCGCUACCAGAAAGACAACAUCUAUGUAAGGCGCUGUGUAAUCUUAACCAGAGAGCAUAUUUACUAUGAAACACCAUGAUGUAUCAGGAAUCUGUACUAUUUAGGGCUGUUUUUCACAUGUUUCUAUGAAAGGAGGACAUGCAGCAUCUCAGGACUGAGAUUUCAAAGUGUAAAUAAUCAGAGAAAGUCCCUCUUUAGGUGUUAGAUUUGUAUGCACUACUGCAUUCUUCCUCUCUGAUGCUUUAGUAAGCUUAAAGCCAAACCAAACAAGCUUACGCAGAGUUUUUGGGGCUUUUCUUGGUCAAAAUAGGACACAAACUCUAAAGAAUAAACAAACAAUUCCUGGAACAGCCUUAAGAGUAUUUACGGUUGGAUUUUCUUCUAAGAAAGGCUGAUUUAAAUAUAUUCAUUUGACCCUUGCUUACUCCCUGGAUUACCUCCACUGUAGGUCACUGAGGUACUCUUUUAUACAUUCACCAGGUUUUAUUAAAAUCAUCGUUUCCAGACUCAAAAUAAAAUCCCGUCUCCUAAUCCAUCCAGAAGGCGUGGCCCGUCUGUCUGUGUGGCAUCAAAGAAAAAGAUAUCAUUGUGGAAUCAUGACCCAUAAACACACUUUUGCCAGGGACUUUUUUCCCAAAGCGCUCUACCCGAGCAGGAGCUGCAGGUCUUAAAAUAUUACCAGCCUCAGAGUUAAGUAGGCCGUAUGCAGGUUUAAGAGUGUCACUGACAGGUAGUGAGACAGGAAAGUGGGUGAAUCUGCUGAUCUAAGUGUUUAGAAAUGUCACCAAAGAAAUGUAGUGAGGUGUCAACACACGUUGUCAUGUUUUCUGUUACUUUCACUAAUAAUCUGUCUUUCUCUCUUUCUUCUGUCUGCGUCUUUCUUUCUUGUCUUCCUGUCUGCUUUUUCUCCUCCCUCAGACUAAUAUAGGUUCAAUCCUGGCAGCAGUAAACCCCUAUAAGCAGAUAGCCGGCCUGUAUGAUAGCACUGCAGUCGACCUGUACAGCAAACACCAGAUGGGGGAGCUGCCGCCUCAUAUCUUCGCUGUGGCUAAUGAAUGUUACCGCUGCCUGUGGAAGCGACAUGACAGCCAGUGUGUCCUCAUCAGGUGAGGCCAGCUUCACCUCGAACAAGCACAUAUCACUUUAAACUUUUAAAGGAAAAGAAACGAUUUGAACUGAUGUUUGUGUUUCUGUCUUUGUCCUCAGUGGGGAAAGUGGUGCGGGGAAGACAGAGAGCACUAAACUGCUUCUGAAGUUUCUCUCUGUAAUGAGUCAAAACUCAACGGGUACUCCUCUGUCGGAGAGAACCACCCGGGUGGAGCAGGCCCUCGUCCAGAGCAGGUACUGUUUUUCAUUUCAUCAGAUGGAUCAUAACUUUAAAGCAUUACUUUAAUUUUCAUUGUGGUUGAUUUAAUUCUCCAUACCUGGCUAAUACAAAAGUUUUCACAUACAGUGCCCAGCAUAAGUCAGUACACUCUUUAUUUAAAGUAAUGUAUUCCUCAUUAUGUAGAUGAGCAAAAGUACAAUUUCCAGAGUUUUGACAAAGAACGUUGAUUGGGGUGUACUCAUUUUAAAUUGAAAAAAAUCCUUUUUUGUGUGAAAUCAAUGGCCUACAUUUGGGGUAGUAUUUUGAUGUAAUGUUGAUUUUGAAAGAAAACUAAAGGUUUUCUGACAACUCUGAAGGGUUUUACUCAUUUAUGCUGAGCACUGUUUAUAGUAGGAAGAGUGUGUUUUUAUGCAAAUUGAUUAAAGAAUGUUGUCUCUGAUCUUUUUUUUCACAUUUCUUUGGAAUGGAAAACCUGAAGAGUCUCCUUGAAAAUUAUGAUUAUGAUUACUAAAAUCUUUAAAAACACCAUUUUGACCAUCAUUAAUGACAAACACUCUCAUAAAGAAAAAGGGAUUUGUUGGUGGCAAAUUCUAGUAACCAGCAACGACACUGCACGGCAUGUCUGCUUCCCUACUUACUAAGGCUUCCGUAGCUGACUGACUUGGAUGUUCUCUCGUCCCCUUUUGUCCACAGUCCCAUCAUGGAGGCCUUUGGAAAUGCUAAAACCGUGUACAACAACAACUCCAGUCGAUUUGGGAAGUUUAUCCAGCUCCACUUUUCCCAGAAUGGAAACAUCCAGGGAGGCUGCAUCAUUGACUGUAUCCUUCAGCAGUCCUAAAAAUAUGAUACUGACCAUACUUCCUAGUUUAGAGUUACUUUCUUUAGAUUCUUGUUGUUGCUCCUUGACUUUAAACCCACAGAUUUGCUAGAAAAGGUGAGUUUGUGUUGGAGCAUGUUGUGGUAACAACUGGGAUCAUCUUUAAGUUUUUUGCUUUAUCAAUAUAUCACUCCAUAGUCUAUCAUAGUCUAUCAAAUAUCCUGACAUUGUCUUCUGUUUGUCGUGUCUCUUCAAGAACCGUGUAGUUCGACAGAAUCCAGGAGAAAGGAACUACCACAUCUUCUACGCUCUGUUAGCAGGGGCAGACAGAGACCACCAAGGUUAGUUUUUACAGAGUUUAGAGGAAAACUUCAACAGAUCUGGCUGACAUUUAGAUUUUUUUCAAACAGCUUUGGGUAAAAUAUCAGUGGUACUUUUUUGCUGGGACUUUUUGCAACUUAAAGUCAGUUAUCUGCCAAUUCAGUGUUGCGUAUUUCUUUAUUUCUCUACUCCUGUAAAUCAAUACAGUGACCAAAGAUUUGUGCUAUGUAUGGGGGUAAAAAAGUACCAUGAUACAGUAAACAGAGUAAAUUUGCAACUGUAUCUUGGACACUGUUCGACCUGAGAGUGUAAAGUUUUAUUUUAAUUGGUGUGAGUUUCUGCUUUUGUGUAUUGUAGAUAUGUACCUCCUGUCUGAGGGUCCAGAGUCAUAUCACUACCUGAGCCAGUCGGGCUGUGUGCAGGACAGCAGUCUGGAUGACAAGCAGCUCUUUGACAGUGUGAUGGUAAGAAGACGAUGAUGAUUUUACUGUAAGUUGUUUGGAUUACCUCUAGGGGGCAGUGUAAUUCUUCAUCACUGCCGUAACCACCUUCACAGAGAGAGAGCACACCAAAAAUGUUCUACUAACGUGAUAGAAAUGAUCAUCUUCUGCUAUUUCAAAACGAAGAGAUGUGAUGCGAAUGUUAGGUGCCACUAUAAUGCCACCAUGAUAUCUGUGUGAGGUCUGAACACACAAGAUAAGAUCAAGUUUAUUGAUCCUCCAAUUCUCGAAUUACAGCAGCUCAAAGAAGAGACCGAGGAGUACAACAUUGUACUUAGAAAUACUAAAUGCAAACAGUAUUAAAGGUAAAAAUAGAAAAUAAAAGAUAAAAAAAACAAAAAUUGAAAUAGAUAAAUAAAUAAAUUGCUUAUUGCACAGAGAGAGUUGUUAAUUGGUUGUUCAUUCCUUCAUCGCCUUCAUCUCUCUCCUUCUAAAAGGCUGUUUAUUUAAUUAAAAUAAGGAGAAGAAGAAGAAGAAGAGAGUGGUUUUUGUACAAAGGUUUAUGCUUUGUGUAUUUGAUGGUAAAAACUUGACAAAUGGAGGAUCAAACCCCCUGCAGAUCCUGGUCCUCAGAGAUUCCUUGUGGAUUUUCACCAACGUGAGGGGUGAGCAGGAGAGCAAUUUGCUGUAGGAUCUGACCCUAAGAUAAUGCUAAAUAUUUCUGUUUUUGCACAUUAAACACUUCCACUCUAGGAAGGACUUUGGCUGCCCAGCAGUACAUAAAUGGAGAGGUUGGACAUAUUCACCUAACUCAGUUAAGAUGAGCUCUAGUUUUUUAGCUGCAACAAUUAGGUGGACUCACAGACACUUCAACACGUAUAUUUGGAUAGUAUGAUACAGAUUCCAAAACAGGACUCUGUGCUUGAUAACUUUAAUUUCAUGGUGUAUUUGCAUGUUUUUUAUAAUCAUUUUAUUAUUGGAGUGAUGACAAACACAUGAAUGUAUUUUUUGUCAUCUCUUCUUCUCUAAGACAUCUGAAAACAUGAAUAAAUAAACACUCUUCUAAAGUCAGCUGACCAAUGAGACCAAGUUUGUGUUUGACUUUUAAGAACUUUCUAAGCACAUGGAGGACUCUGUUCACUCUUUUCUCAGACCUCAUCUUGUAAUUCCUAACUUUUUAGCCUCUGUCAGUCAUGCUUUUAGAAACCCCCCUGAGCUGCACCCUUAGUUGCCCGUCCACAGGUGACCCUCACAGGGUGAUGUUCUCCCUGUUGGGUGUGGGGGCGAUUGUUGGAGAAAGGAAGGAUAAAUCAUGAGAUGCAGGACAUGAAACCAAAGGCAUACUGUUAAAUAAAAACCACCGUGUCAUAUUUACAACAUGAUGGAGGACAAAGCACUUCUAUAUAGAAUUGGCCUCAUACAUAAAAUCUGGGAAUAUGGGCGCCUCAGAACCCUCAACAGUGAUUGGCUGUUUACCUCUAAACCUAGAACCUUUAGUUUUUAAUUGAGUGUUAAUUUCCUCCCCUUGCUUUAGACCAGCUCUCUUCUUAUCUGUCAGACAGGUCUGACUUGGUUGCACUGGGUGAUUAAAUUCUCAAAUACAUCCCAGUAUUUGUCUGUGGAGGUUAUCAAUGCACUUUUAACCCUUUACCUGCUUCCAUUUGGCCACACAGUCACCGGCUUUGAAGGUGUUUCUUUCACAUUCAGUGACACAUUUCAUUCACAGCAGAAAACAUCCCCAUCUUUUACAAUCUCGGUGCUAAUAAAGAGUGGAGACAUGAAACUGUCCAUAACCUAACACUGGCAGAGAAGAAGAGCUCGUCUCUGCUCCUGAUCAUUAAGUGCCAACUGGAUCACAAAAUCCUUAAUAUUAGACCUUCAUAAUCCACUGAUCCGCAUGUGAACAGUCUAGUUUACCAGUUAAGAAACAUUGAUGAACUUUGUAUCAGCAUCUCAAGAAACUCUUUAUGAUCUCUGUUCUGAAGAGGAGCUUAAAUAAACACCAAGACACUUUAAAGUAUGUUUCUAAAACUGUUGUGGCUCCAGGACAGAACUUUGACGGUUGAGUCAGGCGUGUUUUUCAGUAUCCUCCAAAUGAUAUGUCAUCUCACACAGUCUUUGUUGUGUUGCAGGAGGCCCUGAAAGUGAUGGAGUUCACUGAGGAGGAGAUUAGAGACGUGUUCAAACUGCUUUCGGCUGUGCUCCAGAUGGGCAACAUCGAGUUCAUGACUGCUGGUGGAGCACAGAUCACUUCUAAAGGAGGUAGGAGAGGCAACUGAAAACAUAAUCUGUUACAGAUCAAGAGCGCCGGGUGGGUUAUAAUGACCCUGAUAAAAGCAUUUUACACAUUUGUCAUCUGGACUUAUUUGUUGAAAACUUAUAAAUAAGAUUUCAUGAGGGUUGUCUUCCUGUAAUUUUCUUUUUUUCUGAAAGAUUUUGACAUACUUAUCUAUCUAUAGGAGGUUAGAUCAAGACCUCAAAGAGAUAAAGCUUGUCAGUGGGCAAGCACAAAGUUCAUCUCAUUUAGAACUUUCAUAUUUGCUGAAUUUGAACUUGUAUGUUCACAUUAUUAUACUACCAAUAUGAAAAUACUUGCUUGGGAUGAAAUUGAGGAAUUCUUCGAAAUAAUUUUUGACUGGUUGGUGGACGGAACCAGAAAUAUAUCAGUUGUAUUACAAGCAGUUAAGUCAGAACUUCAGAAACUUUAAGUGAAAUGUCUUUAUGAAUUUCAACCAUCUUCAGUUAAUUAAGUUCUGAUUGUCUAUCAUUAACCACAAUGUCACAAAAUAUUCGACCUGUCAAAUGAUUCACUUUUUUAGACUGCAAUCAAUUGCAGAAGUUGUGCAGAAAAUUACGAUUUAUUUUGAUCACAUAUUUAUUAAAUUUAGUUAUUUUCAUUUCAAAAAGAUUCAGAUCCAUAUUUUUACUGGAUAAAGUCUGCAUUAUCUGAUCAGGCCAGCAGCUGAACACUAAUGCUGGUCUACUGUGCAGCUCUACUUCCCAUACCUCUACAUUUGAUUGACAUUACAGCAGCACACAGAGCUCUGAACAGGCUGUAACAUGAGCUGGAGGCUCUUUUGUUCGCUGUGUCUGACCUCUUUUCUAAAGAAUCAGCGAGCUACAGUGACUGCAGACUCAGACUCCAGUACAGCUCAGAGAGUAGAGUUUCAUUUUCACUGUGCAGAACCUCUGUUUGUAUGUCACAUCUGUUGUUUGACAUCCGUAAGUGUUCCUGAACGGUCUGCAUUAGGGACACUGACACUACAUGUAAAUUUAUGUGUUUGUGUGUGUGUGUGUGUGUUCCAGUUGUGAGUAAUGUCAGUGAGCUGCUCGGUUUGGACUCCUUCCAGCUCUCUGAAGUGUUGACCCAGCGCUCCAUGAUCCUGAGAGGGGAGGAGAUCUGCUCGCCGCUCACUGUGGAGCAGGUAACUACAACACAACGCCCCCCUGCUCAUACUGUCAUUUCACAGAUUUCAGAGACCGUUAGGACACCUUUACCAUACUCUCACCUCGAAUUACAUGCACGCACACACAAACAGUAGAAGUCUGUUUGUUGCCCCCUGCCCUCCCUCCUCUUGUCCUGGUAACACACACAUUCAAACACAGCCUUUCUCCGUCUCUCUCCCCCACAUGCCUCUCCAGAUCCCUUGCGUGACUCCCAACCAUUUCCUGCUUUUUGUCUGCCAGAUUCCUGGCACAAUGAAGCCAUCAUGAUAGUGAUCUGAGUCAAAAGCACAAUAGGGCCAAUGACUGAGGCUGAAGUGGGUCUUCUCUUCAGCCUGUGCAGCCAGGCACAGGAACGCUGGUGUGAUAAUUCACUGUUUAGCUUCAACUGUCUGUGCUGAGGUCUGUAAUUAAUGGAGAUAUCUCAGCAUGUUUGUUUUCUUAUUCAACAUAUGCCAUAAGAACAUACUGACGCAUAACACAGUCCUCUCUGGUCCAAGAUUCAGCCUUUCCACCCACUCACAUGCAUAAAUAUGAGUAAAUAUGCAGAAUGGACCUUUACUAUUAUCACACAGACACAAAAUUCACAAGAUAUCUUUUCAUCAGCAGACAAAGAAACGGCUGCAGCUUGUUCUUUCUGGCCUUUGAAGCAGCUCGUCUCUUAAUAGAGUUCAUUAUUCCAGAGCUGGAGUCAGUAAGAAUGGCGUCUUCUCACAAAGGCCAGGGGUCACCCACCCGACAACUCUGCCAGUACUAGUCGUCCCCCCUCGCCCCCCCCCCUUCCCAGAUCCCACCCCGCUCUCCUGGACAAACAGCCAUUCUUCUCAACCCCCUGUGUGUGACGGAGAUCCUGGAACUGCCAGCGCUCCGUUCACACCCGCUAGCUGCAAGAGGUGACAGGGCCGUGAUUGAUUUCUCAUGAGCCCAGGAGCAUUGUUGCCCCAAAUACAGUACACACCGCCACACUUAUGUUUUGUUUUCAGCUCAAGCACAAUGCCCAUGGAGGAAGUGCAGCUGGCUGAAGCUCAAGCUUUUUAUACACAUUCACAUGUGGUGUCUGGCAGAGAGGCCAACUUCACAACAGCUGCUGAAAAUCAGAUCUGAGUCACACCAUGAUUGGAAAUGGUUUUUGUUCUUUUUUCCUUUUUUUAACCUCUUUGAGGUGUUUCUCAAAAAUGAUCCAGGGGUCUAAAUCAGUGAGUUAAUAAUAAAUGAUCAAGUGACUUUGGUACACCCUCUUUUACCGCCUCUAAACAAGACAGAACCAGCCGCACCCCUCCUCUUCAGUUCAAUACCCAGUGUAGACGAGGAGUAACAGGGGUGUGGAUAUCGUAUCUUGACAGUAUGUAAGAGCCUGAUCUUAAAGUCAACACUGAACUUUUAAGGUUAAAAAGUAACUUACUCUAAAAUGAAGGUUAGUGGCGCAAAAGUAUGAAAUCUUCUACUUUCACCUGCCACCCUUGUCUCCAUCCUCUUUCCUUUACAUCUCUGGCUUUUGCUUUUUUCUGUCUCUGUUUGAAGAGAAAAGAAAGGUGUGAAAGCACUGGGUGACACUUCCUAGAGCAGGCAUGAAAAAUGAUAAAAGCAAAAGUGCGUUACUCUGUACAAUGAACACAACUCUGACUUAGAUUUGAUUUCUGAAAUACCAAAAUACGGCCAGCUUCAUGUCAAGAUAAGAUAGGAUAUGUUGAGAUAUGACGGUGAUUAGUGAUGAGGUCUGUUGUGAAAACAGACGUCUCUCCUGCAGCCUGCAGCAGCACACAGACGCCGACAUAACACACCUUUGUCUCCUAACCGCUGUUUGUUUUAUAGACAGUCGCCUGAGGCCGCACUCACCUGUCAGCACCACAUGACACCCUUUAAACAGCUGUCUGAUAACAUACAGUCAAUGUAUACGGUGAUAAGCAUAUGUUUUGUAUAUAGUCUGCAUAGUUUCUGGGCCUCCACUGUUUAUGUCUGACUGGUUAGCCAUGGUAACGCUGUCUCUCUGUGUCUUGGCUCGCAGGCUGUGGACUCAAGGGACUCGGUUGCCAUGGCGCUAUAUUCUCAGUGUUUCUCCUGGAUCAUCAUGAGGAUCAACCAGAAAAUCAAAGGCAAAGAUAACUUCAAGUCAAUCGGCAUCCUGGACAUCUUUGGAUUUGAGAACUUUGAGGUGAAAGACCCGUGACCCACUUUUUUACCAACCAAAAUCUGUAUCUGUUAACUCAGCUUUUCACUGCAAGUCACUGAGGUUUCAGUCAUUUCAUGUGGAAGGUUUGAGUACUGCAGACAUGAAUAGGUAGAAAGAAAAAAGGUCAUAAGGAAUCUGAAUACUGUCAAGUAAGUGCUAUCAAACAUGAACAAACCACAUGACACACUUCCUGUAAGGCAUAUCAAAUAUGAAAUAUUUUAAUAUUUUAUUUUUUAGAAAUGUUUGCCUUUAUGAGAAAGGGAAUUACACUUUAAAGUGUUUAAUUUAUAUUUAACAUAAUAUAGUAAAAGACACCUGAGAAAUGUUAGUGUUAGAGGCCAAGCCGACACUUAAAGCCCCUGAGGUGCUGUGACCCAGAUUAACUAAUUGAUGCAUGUAAAAAGUUGUGCUUGAUAAAUGCAAGUCCACUUGAAAUUGCCUUGCUGAACACACCAUGGGUUAAUUUUACUUCUUCAAGCAACAAAAACAGUCCUGACAAAAAAACCAUGAUCCACUUGUCUGCAGCAACAUUUGUGCGGUUCAAAAACUGUUUCCCCUUCCUGGCGGAGCACCUGCCUAGACAAUAAGGUUCCUACCUUAUUUAGAAAAAUACCACGUCCCCAUGUAAACAGUGAUAUCACAAUUUCAUUUUCAUAAUAUCUGCUCCUACAUCAGUUGUUUUUUAUUUGAGCACAUCAAGAAGAAAGGGUUUUUAAGUUCCUUGUUAAAAACUGAAACUCUUAUAAUAAAGUGAGAGGACUUUUGAAAACUCAAAACUUUUCCAUCAUCUCUUAUUGUGAAGAUUGUUUUAAUACGGAACAUAAGAGUAAAUGUUAAUGUUUCAAGUCUAAGCAGAUUGAGAUUUUGUGGAGAAAAAUAAUGAUGAGGCCAGUCAUUCUAAAAUGUCUUCAUGAGAGUCCUUCUGAAAUCUUUCUUUUUUGUCCUGCAGGUGAACCGCUUUGAACAGUUUAAUAUCAACUACGCAAACGAGAAACUGCAGGAGUAUUUCAACAAGCACAUCUUUUCUUUGGAGCAGCUGGAGUAUAACAGGUAGACACUUUUGAUAACAGACUCACAUUUUCCAGAUCAUGUUUUUAAGAAAGUGAAAAAGAACAUGGACUGAUAGGACUCAGGGUGGGGGUUAGUCCUCCUCGGGGUGAUUGAGGGAGACUGCCAGAGGUUUGGGCUCAGUUUCUCCCUCAGACAGUUGUUUUCUUGUAUAAUGAGCCAGCAGCCUGGACAUGGCUCAUCUCAUCACAUGCUCGCUCCAGACAAUACAGCCAUUGUGUCCUUUUAGUAGUUUAUAUUUUUAUAUUUACAACCUGUGUGUGUGUGUGUGUGUGUGUGUGUGUGUGUGUGUGUGUGUGUGUGUGUGUGUGUGUGUGUGUGUGUGUGUGUGUGUGUGUCUUUGCUCUGACAGGGAGGGGAUUCAGUGGGAGGCCAUAGACUGGAUGGAUAACGCAGAGUGUCUGGAUCUCAUUGAAAAGGUAACAGAGAGUCAUUAAAAUCAAACCCUGAGCACGCUAAGUCACCACCAGGACCAACCGCUAACCUCCUGCCAGAGCACGCUGACCCAGACGCCACACUGCGCUCACGCUGACCUCCCUCAAACUCAUACUCUAUCAUCAUCUCAUUUUGCAUUUUUGUGUACACAGUAAUAUACACAAGGCAGCGGUUAGAGGUACAGUUGAAAUGAAACAUUAAGACAAUUGUGUUAUUCUAGCACCAGGGCUAUAAUAAUGGUUAAAAUCGAGAUUCUGCAGAAAAAGACUCAUGAUGACUCGAUGUUUCUGGGUCAAGCUAGGAUGGAAAAAUACUAAAGACUCCCUUUUUUUCUCUACAUAUAUAAUGUAAUUGUGACUGGCUAUGUUAGUUUGAGUGUGUAGAAGAAGGUGUUGCUGCCAUCAUACCUCCUCAGCAAACCUUUUUGAAAGGAUAAAAAGAAAAUUCAAUGAAUGACUCUGCAGUUUCCUGUUGACAUUGUCGUAUUAAAAGCUGCCAGAUGUUCCCCAGUGGGGUUGUUACUAGUUCAAUCAUGACUGUGGUGUGUCUCCCCCUCUCUGUCUCCCCUUCAGAAACUGGGCAUGUUGGCUCUUAUCAAUGAGGAGAGUCGCUUCCCUAAAGGCACAGACUACACCCUUUUGGAGAAACUGCACAGCCGACAUGCAGUGAGUGCACACUUACACGCACACACAGAUGAAAACACACAGAUAUCUUUGACACUUUUAAUCCUACUUCAGCGUACAUAAAGACCCGAAAAUGACCCGCUGUUGAAGAAACACCGUCACCACGUACAACCUCAAACUUGUGUACUUAAUGAACUGCUCUUUCCUCCGGCGUUGAACACCUGUGAGGCACCUGUACACACCCCAAGAGCCCUCACAUGCAAACACAACAAUACUGAAAUGUGAUCAGCCAUGCACCAUACCCGGUCAGCAUUGUUUGUCAGAGAAAGAGUGCACAGGAGAGGUUUAAAAAGAGAUGGAAGGACUGUCUGACCCCUCCCUGAGGUGUCCGAGGUUAAAGGUCAUAGGGGUAAAGAAAAAGGAGGCCGAAUAACUUAAAGCUCCUGUGAGGAGAUUUCCUCUGGUUAUGUAUUAGAUGGAAUUUAACAUUAAUUACUCUAUGAGCUACAAAAACACAUCAGCGUAGAGAUUGAAUGCUUCUAGGUUUUCAUUGUCUUGUAACCAUAGACUGUAUAUAGAAUGGACGCCGUCUGCCUCCUUGCUGGGUGAAGCCACUCCGAGAACAGCACCCUCUGUUGAUGGGCUGCAGUAUAGCUCAUAAAACCCGUCUCCACCAGCAAAGCUGGGACAGCAAAGGCCUGUGGACAAACUUUUUCUCCCCCCUGUUUGCGAGGUUGACAUGUAGUUAUUGUAAGACUGGUUUGUGCUCAAGUUUUCUGUACAGCUCCAUUUUUAAAAGUUAUUAGGGGGUUCAUGUUUUCUUUGAUUGACACCUGAUGCAGCCUAUUGGCGUUAAGGGAUUGUGUAGCUCACCCGGGGGAUACGCCGUUUGAGCCGAGCGUCAUCACAGUGACUCUCGGCGACUCUCCGGCCGAAUGCGUACAACGCUACUGCGCAGCGCUGGUUUCAGGAAAUGAAGAAAAAUCACAGAAUUGCUGAGAGCUUUUUGGCUUCAAAUCCGUAUACAGGCGGGAGGCGGAACCAAGUUGUCCGUAGUAUAUACAGUCUAUGCUUGUAACCUACAACAUGGGGGAGAGAAAUUAACAACCUGCUACAGAAACAGACUUUUAAAAUGUUUUCUGCAGUACACGUACGUAAAAAGAAAAAUAAUUAGUGUGGAGGAGCCGAGGUCCUAUUUGAGUUCAUCAAUAUUUGGAUAAUAAUUUAAGUUUAUGUGUUAAAUUAUUUUUGUGUUGAUUGUGGUAAAAUUUUAGCUAUUUACAUUAUUUACAGUUAGAUAAUUCAUAUUGAUAAGUUAUUUUAACUUAAAAUUGUGUAUGGAUAUUUACGGGUUUAAAAAUCGCCUAUACCAUUCCUGAGUAGUUAACCUGAGCGUUCUGUCACGUCAGGCAUCAUGGAGUGGAGCCACACAGUUUUUUGACCUCGCUCACUCACUCUCUCUCUCUCUCUCUCUUUAUUUUGUAUUUUUGCUUAUACCCACGUUUUUAUAGUCAUGCUCGACAAUUGUAUCUUGCUUUGUUUUUUAAAUUAAAUUAUAAAAAUGAUCAAGAGGAUCCUGUGGGUUUCUCCGGGGGGUGCCAAAAUCAGCACAAACCCAAAGUUCCUCUCAAGAGCUUUAAUAAAAUUUUAUGUAUCAGUAAUUUGUUUCUUAAUCAGCUGAUUUACUGUCAUUUACCAAAAACAAGAGGGGUAUAAUGGAAAUGUUAGUUUUUAAGUUGAUGUUUAUCAAAUUUUGUAUUUCAAUUUUUUUAUACGGAGUCAAAUGACCUCAAACAAAGGCUCACUUUGUUACACAACAUCAAAAAACCUUAUUGAACAGAGGUGAGAAUCACUCAUUGAAAAAACUAAAGACAGUAAGAAAGAUUGACUUUGAUCAAAUACUGUUUUCUUUCAAAAACCAAUGCAAUUUACGUAGUGCUCAGAAUCAUUUAUUUGUCUUUGUAAUUAAUUAGUAAAGGAUCGCCUGUUUCUUGACUUUUUGGGGGGGCUGGUUAGGGUGGGGUCGUUUACCAUUUUUUUUAGAUUAUAUUUUGGGUUUUGGGGGGCAUUUAUUUACUUAUUGAGGAUAGUUGAUAGAGCAGGAAUGAAAUGUAGGAGCCACAGGCUGGGAUCGAGUCUCUGUAUGUACCUCUGUUGGGAGAGAUUAAGACACGUGAGAGAUGUAUGGAUGCAGCUUGUGGGAAACAGGACGUACUUAGAGUAAUCAAUAGCAUUACGUGGCCAGCAUUGUGACAAGCAGCUGGUGACAUGUUGUUGACAUGUUGUCCACUUGCCUCAGCUGCUUUUCAAUCCUGGUGCUGCUCCACUAGAUGGUUAUCUUUUAUUUAAUUACAGAGAAUAGGCCUGAGAAGUUUUAUGGACCAUAAAUCUUAUUGCUACAUUUCUUCUCUCUCUUUUAUUUUCCCUUUUUUUCCCUAAUUGCCCUAUUUUUCUAUCUUUCCUUUUAGGCAAAUCCAUACUAUGUGAAGCCCAGAGUGAACGACCACCAGUUUGGCAUCAAGCACUAUGCUGGAGAGGUAACAAAGUGAAUUUACAUAUGCACACUGUUUUGUCUAUGUCAAAAUCUGCUACAAAAUCUGCUGUUUUCUCUCAGUUUGAAGAAGUUGCACCUUUACUUCAUUUGCAGAGAGACUUGCAAAAUAAAAAAAAGUCAGGAUAGCACAAAUGAAGAAGUUGAGAGGGCAGCAGGGGUGAGAGUGUGGGUUGUAGGGGGUUUAGAGUGAUUGGCUCUGAUAAAGAAUGACCUUAUGAAGCCUGCCUCAGACAAGGUCUCCUCAGUGUGAGUGUGGCAGCUCAGUCACAAGCCUGGCAUGGAUGUUUAUGGUAAUGACUCAGUCCAGAGAGGACAGGGAGAUCAACCGGUUGACUCUCUUUCUCUCUCUUUCCCUCUCUCUGGAGACUUUAGUCACCUCCCUGAAAGCUCUGUCUGUUAUCUGAAACGAUGCCGUCCGUUCCGUGGGGGAAAUAGAAGCAUCCUCUCAUUGAUCAGAUUAUCUGUGAAGCUCCAGGGGAAUGCAGUCGAUUCAAAUCAGGUCUCUGGAUGAACAUGACAAAAAAAAAAAACAGAUCUUUUUGGUACAAGGGUCAAAAAUAUUCAUAAUAAAUAAUUAAAGUGAAGAAUUUUGCAGCCCUUUGCUGAGGUUGUUUUUCUGCAGCAUCAUGAAGCCAUCCCAGCUCAUGAUCUUAGUGCAACAAACUUGAAGCUGGAGGACACAGGACCCUUUUGUAUUAGCCUGUUUCAAUGAGAGAGGAAUGGAGUGUAAUUAGUGUGUCUGUGAUUUAGAAAUGCACGUGUUGUCAAGUUUGAAAUCUCAUGGCUCCUCAUGAGCCUUGGGGCCGGGUGGAUUGGGGGAUGGGGGUGGUUAUUAGAUUACAGUAUACACAGAGCUGUAAAUACGAACUCACACACAUAACAUGCGAACACAAACUCUGAUAUGCUGUCCAUUAGAUUACAGUGAACAUUUUCAUGUUAUUGCAUUAAAAUCUCUCAGAUCAUAUCUUCUCUAUGCAUUUUACUUUCAUUGCUCAGAGGCACACACCCAUGACCAAUCAUACAAACACACACACACACAAAUGCAAAAACACUGCGUGUGUAGAUGUGGGUCAGGGUGGGUAGAGGAAUGUGGUGCUGCAAAGAUGGAGGCUGAACAGAACUCAACAGGUGACUGUAUUAACACAGAGACGCUCUGCUGCUGUCAAAGAGACCCCUCCCCCGUCAUAUCUCUCCAUGUCCUGCACACAGACACACAUUUACAGCCUCACUCAUGUCACAUUGAGUGCACAUAGCAGUAUAUACCACUGUGUUUUCCUCUAAACAUGAAUCCUCUAGCCUGGGUGUUGAGCCCUAAACAGAUUAAAUCCAUGUGUAUAUAAAGAAACAAUAAUCUUGUAUCUUAUCUGAGAUGAAUAAAAACUCAUUGUAUUUUAUUUUUGAUCUAUAAAGGAACCUUUGCUGCCUUUGUUGAAAGUUUAAAAUAUCAAAACUUUCAGCAAAAAUACCUUGGAAACAAUCAUACUUGAUUUUCUGCCACUCUGACAAACUUGAAAGGAGAUGUGCAGAAUAAAACAUGAGCUUAGAUCUAUAAUUACAGAAAGCUUGAUGCUUCUGUCUGUUGGCAGGUUAAAAUAUAAACAUUGAAACACAAUCAUCUUAUUUUAUUGUUAGAUAAUCUCAUUCAAAUGUAAUAAUUCAUGAAUUCAGAGCAAAAAAACGACAAUAUAAUGUUGCACAGAAAGGUUAAAACACAAUUUUUUUUAUUUCCGAUACAAUACCAAUAUUGUAGCCUGCUGUAUCAGCCGAUACCAAAAUUGAUCUGAUAUUAGCACAAACUUGUGCAUGAUAAGUUUUGCACUCAGCUGCAGCAUCUUUUUUUUUAACUUUAACCACAAAUACUGCCACACAGCCGACAUCAAUCCUACUCCUUGCUACUUUGUUUGUACCUAAGCACACACUGUUGUUGUGAUUACGUGUGUUCUGCAUGCUGGAUCCAGGCGCUGCUAGCUAGGGGUGCAAAAGUAGAGUCUGGAAUGGACUGCUUGUAUUGGAGUACUGAUAUGAGAGAUUUUAAAUGCAGGCCGAUAUAAUGUGAUAUUCGUGUCUUUGCUCAUAUCGGACAGAUAUCAAUGUCAUAUCAGGACACCCCUACUUAACACACACACUUCUUUGUAACUUAUAUACAGUCACACACACAAACAAACACACCUUCAAGAAGUUUGUGAUUUAAAAGCAGGAUACUUACUUUAUUGUUGGUAACUGUAACUAAGAGGACUAGCUGACUCUCUGAUCUCUCUUUUAAGUGCAUCUGCAAAUUCAACUGGUCUAGAUGAAUCACAUCACUCCUGUCCUCCAGCAGCUCCUCUGGCUUCUGAUCAGUCACUGUAUUGAUUUCAAGAUUCUGCUCCUGAGCCUCAUAGUCAUCAACCCCUGCUCCUCUGUACCUCUCUGACUCUCUGCACAUGUUAUUCCACCUGGGCUUCAUCCUCCAUUCACCUGCUCAGACCCUCGACUCUGGAGCUUUUUCCUACCAGAAAUCCAUAAUACAAGCACAAUGUACAUUUUCAGAUCUCACCUUAUAAUGCAUCUGUUUUUAAAAGUUUUUAUUGUUGUACCUCUGCAGAGGAGGCCGAGGAGAGAUGUAGGAAGUAGACAAGGGGAAAAGACAUGCAGUAAAUGAUCAUGGCUCUAUCCUCUAUAAAUAUGGUCUGCACUUACUCAGAAAAAAGCUCAGUUGGGUUGAUGCUGCAUAUGCAAAACUUCUGUUCAUACGUAUUCUUAUAGUGCACAAAUCAUGUUUUCAUACACCAUUAUAGCUUUCAUUUGGGAUGUUUUUUAGUUUUCUUGCUGUUUAAGCCUUUCUUGUUUUACUGAAAAUGGUCGUUUAUUUCCCCCUCUUUUUCAGGUGCUUUAUGAUGCACGUGGAAUCCUAGAAAAGAACAGAGACACCUUCAGAGACGAUAUUUUGUUCAUUCUCAAAGACAGCAGGUAUUACGCGCUCCCCCUCUGCACACACCUGUUUGCUUCAUUUCAUUUGCAAGAUUUCCACAUUUAUACUGAUUUUCUCUGACUGUCUGCAGGCUGGACUUCAUCUAUGACCUCUUUGAGCGUGUCGGGAGCAGAAAUGGAGAUGAGACCCUAAAGAUGGGCACUGCACGGCGCAAACCCACUGUCAGCUCCCAGUUUAGGGUAAGACUAAAGCUUCUGUCAGACAAAUAUCACUCCCUGCUCAGCACUCGUGAUUGUGCGAUUGUGUCACUGCUCGGACAAUGAGGCAAUAGUCUCCCAUGUACUGCUGCAUGUAAUUAUCACUUAACCCUUAACAUUUGGCUCUCUGUCUUAGGGGAAGAGUGUGAGCAUGCGGGCAGAGAGGGAAAAAAGAGUGCAGAAAUCACAGCGAGUCAGAGGGGGGAGGAGAAUGCUGUCAGUGUGGCUGAUCUCCAGAGAAUGAUGGGUGAUGGGAUGUAUGAAAUAUGUGGUUUUGGCAGAGGAGGAGGGGGUGAACCGAAGGGCUUAGCUUAGCAUGUCCUAACUGCAGUGCGGAUGGAGAGAGGAAGGGGGGAGAGGGAGGGAGCAGGAGAGGAUUUGGCAGGCUGCCCUGGCCUACAGUUCCUAAAGCCGGGGGAUUAAGGUUGAUGGCUGGGCAGAGAGGGGCCAACCAGGGGCCAAUCACGCUCGGCUCUGCCAGGCCCGGCCUCGCUGGAGACAGACUGUCUGAGGAGAGCAGGGCUGACAGAGCCUGUGAGGUUCAAGGGUCCUCAGAGUGUGUGAGUGAGUGAGUGAGUGUGUGUGUGUGUUAAAGUAAAUACGGGCUGAGUAAUAGCCUGUAAGAAAUGGAAAGUAACAAGUUAAACCAGAUCUUCACUUUUUAAUGCAUUUUGUCCAUAUCACUCACUUUUAUGCACACUAAAUUUUGUCUAUGUGUUUAUCAUUUUAAAUGAGGGAACUCUGAACUUUUUCCAUAUUGUGAACACUGCAAUCCCUUGAUUUUGCAAAGUAAAAAUAAAGGAUUUAGGUACUUCUUCAGCCAGUCCUCUUCAGCACAUAAUAAUAAAGUGUGGCUUGACUGAUUGUACUUUCUAUUUUUGUUCACAGUGUUAUUAUUAGCACAUAUAAGAGUACUUUUGAGAAAAAAAUAUCAUUGCUUUGAUAUCAAUAGUCUUGUUACUGAUCUGUUUCAGGACUCUCUUCACUCCCUGAUGGCCACACUCAGUGCCUCCAACCCCUUCUUUGUACGCUGCAUCAAACCAAACAUGGACAAGGUAGGUCAUGCAUAUUUCAUUGCACCAAAGAAAAAAAAAUAUCAGAAACCCUUCCAGGCUUUGUCAAGGUCAGCCCCUGCAAAGUUAAACCUCCUUUGUGCUAUUUAUAGCUCCCAUCGCUCUGAGCUAACUUUUAAUCUCAAGUCUUGUCACUGCUGAGUCAUGUUAAUGAUCCACUUGAAAAAUAACAAUUUUUUUCUCAUUUUUACUGCAAAUGUUCAUUACUUAUAAACUAACACUGCCCCCAGCUUUGGUGCAAAGACUCCCAUUGUGCUUCUUCAAAGAAAAGGACUGUGUACCAGCACAUUCCUAUCACUUUAUCCUCUUUUCAAGAGGUCGGAGGUCACCCACAGCAGAUCCAGCUGCAGUUGCUUGGCCAAGAUCCAGUCAGAGGAUGCUUAUUGCAUUACCGCUUAUUACUAAAUAGCUGCAGAUAUGUUUUUAGAAUUUGCAUCCUCAUCCACUUGGCAAGUAAAGAUUUGAUUUAUAUUUAUUCAGAAUCAGAAUGCCAUUUAUUGUCAUUAUACAGAAGGUAUGAGGAGAUUGGACAGCUUCUCCAUUUUCAGUGCAAUAGAUACAAAAAAAGAAAACAGAGACCGAAUUAAAAGUACAAAAUACAGACUGUAUACAAGAUAAAACCCUCUAGUACAGCGUGGACAGUGCUAUGAAAAUGAAAUGAAAACUAUAUUGUGAAUGAAAUAUAGUUUGUAAAAAAAAAUAAAAUGAAAACUAUAUACAAGAGUCAUACAAGAAAACUGUAUACAAGAUUUAAUUAUAUACAAGACUUAUAUUCACUGUGUGGCAGAGUGUAUUUGCUGCUCUAAAUUCUCCCGCUACACCUUGAAGCGACUGAACUCCUCCGUGCUCUCUCUCUCUCUCUCUCUCUCUCUCUUUGUCAUUCCACACCUUCUUGCUUACUUAUUAGCAUGGAAAUUUCAGCAUCCACCUUUCACCUUCUUUCCCUCCGCCCAUCUCCUUUUUCUUUUCUUUUCUUUUCUCCCUCCAUUCUCCGGGUCUCAUUGGCACUGCAUCAUGUUCGCUCACCUGGCCUCAGUUGCUCUCAAGAUGGAACAAGCCGUGCCUGCGUUAAUCCUGCAGAAUGACAGGAUUGCAUGCACAAUCCUGUGACAUGAUUUCAUGCACGCAAACACACAAACCUUACUGCAACGUAUUUGUGUAAUUUACUUCGACUUGCUCUUCUGGUAAAUACUCUCAUAGAGGGCAGGGUCAGUGUGAUUUCACUCAAACAAGUCAACAUGCUGUAUUUCUUUCAGCCGCCUAAGUCCUCAGCUAAAGAGCAGAGUUCAGAGCUCAGAAGGGCACACAUUUACGUCCGUGUGUUUGAUUAUGAACAUGAACACAUGCAGCCGUGUGUCUGUUUCCAUCCGUACUAGCAUUAGCCUGUAAUUAGCCUGACACAUUUGGGGAAUGCUGCAGUCCUGUGUGGAGCUUAAGCAGCGCUGUGUGACCUCUGGGUGACAAUGGCCUUCGUGUGUGUCUCUCUGAGCGAUCGUGCCGCCUGUGCAGAGGUGUGAGGCGGCAGACGUCAUAGAUCCUCUCUGAUAAGCGAGCCUUGGGAUCACUGGUGAGCCGUGAACAAUGCAGCUGAUUAUUCCAGAAAGAAAAAAGCUUCUCCUGGUUGCUCAAAGCUGUUCAGGUUUCUGUCUGAUAGCGUGAGUUUUCUGUGCAGUAACCUGAUUGUUAAAGUAAAAUGAUAGCGCUCUGUAUGGUUAUUUACCUUUUAGCUCAGGUUUAACUCCACUCAGCGUUUGAAUAGGUGAGGGAGCUCUGGGAGGAUGGAUUAUAUUUGCAUGCAGUGUUCAGCUUUCCCAAAUUUUCCACUAACAGAUAAAAAGUAAAACUCCCAACGUGCUGAAUAACCUCAUGUCAACUGUUAAUGCAAAGCUGUUGAUAGAAAAUGAUGAAUUUUGUAGACAAAAAACUGUGAGUGUAAUGAAUGGAUAUUUUCUUGUUUGUUUCAUGUAGUUUUAUCCUGUUCAAUCCACAGAAAGCCAACCAGUUUGAUCCCGAUGUGGUCCUGAACCAGUUAAGAUACUCUGGGAUGCUGGAAACCGUGAAAAUCCGCAAAGCUGGAUUCCCUGUUCGCAGAACCUUUAAGGAUUUCCUCAGCAGGUAACAAAAAAUACAGUGGACACUAAAGCAGAUGACUCAUUCAGGAUUCUGCCUAAUUCUGCGCUUGUUUAUUUGAAUGUCUGUGUUUGUGUUUUUGAAGAUACCAGAUGAUUGUAAAGAACAAAAUCCACACUGACGAUGAGAAGCAGAGCUGCUUAGAACUUCUCACACUUCAUGACAAAGCCAAAAGAGAGUGGCAACUGGGAAAGACAAAGGUGGAGCACAAACACACAUGCAAACCUGCACACACACACACACACACACACACACACACACACAUACACAUGCCUGAACUUGUCUAUGUCACGAAGAAGACAUUUCUUUGACUUACAUUCAAGCCAUUGAUACUUUUAGUGAACAUAACCACUAACCCAAACAAGACUCAAAUCUGAACCUACUUCAACCUGAUCCCAAAAUAAACAAGUGAAUUAAAGUGGACUUGUGAAGUCAACUAUUAAAUCACAAACUUCUGGUUAAAUUUUUUUUUUGUAUCAGAAUGCCCUAAAUUUGACAAUGGUUAAAACAUGUCAAUAGCAGAUUGCCGCACCUCAAAGGGAUAUUCUGGCGUAAAUUUAACUUAUGGUCAAACACACCGUAACACUGAGUUAGACACCCCCUCGAGCGAUGAAUGUUGCCGACCGCUUGCUUCUCUAGUUACACCAACUUGAGAAACGACCGCACGAUAGCAAUACACAGCGGUCUACGUCUCCACACACAAACCUUAACCAAAACACCACUCUAUAGCUACAAAUAAUGCUCACAACAGCACCUAACUUCAUCAACAGUACAGAUAGGGUCAUAGCCGUAGUACUAGCCACCAAACAUCUUUUAAGCUUUGACUGAUUUCUUGAACUUAUUUGUGAAGGAGCCCUGACGAGUCGAUCAACAAGUGCAGCGGAGUUUCGCAGCUCAAGGAAGAACAUUUAUGAUCAUUACUUCAUGGCAAUCAGACCGAGACACUAAGGCAGAAAAACUACCGCGCCUGUAGUGCUAAAUGAUUAUUAUGAUGAUUAUUACUUAAUAGAAAUGAUCUGCUGCACUUGGUUAUCGACUUGUCAGGGCUCCCCCCACAAACAAGCGGCUGCUGGAGGAGAGUGGGUGAGUUGUGUUUAGUCUCUUUUUUAUGCCGGAAUAAUCCUUUAACAUCCCCCAUUUAAGCGUAGACUGCACCUGAAUUCAUCAAAGUAACAUCAUGCUAGGUUUAGAGAACUUAAAACUAGCUAUUCUCACCUCAUAAACUUGUCUGAUCACCAAGGUAGUUCUCUUAUCCAGUUUUACACAGUCCAACAAUUUGAGUACCCACAGCAGCCCCACCCCCUGCACCCACUGUUUGUAAAAAUCACAGCUUUUGGCUCUUCUGUGUUGGUUUUUAAUGGCCAGCUCCACGUUUUCGGUGUAUAAUUUGCAUACUUUUCUAAAAAACAAUCAACAAGUAAGACAUCGUUGGUUACACCAUCACAUUGAUCACACUGUAUGAAAUUUGGACUAAUCCAAAGAAAGCUGCAGUCAUGUUGGCAUUUUCCUCCAAAUGGAUUCUUUCGUAACAAGUCAAGCUGCCUUUGCUCCCAAGCUGCUGAUGUGUGCCAUAGCCUGGACGGCCCUGACUGUGACUCAUGUCCUAAAGAUUUCUCUGUCCGGUUGUGGUCAGUCUUCUUCUCUCUCGUUGACAACCACAGAGUUUCACGGUUUUUCCUCAAAACUCUGACACCAUCAGCUGUUACUGUAAGAGUGACCUAGUGUGGGGGGUUUACAGUAAUCCUAAGUCUGCUUUAUUGGAGCUGGAUGAGUAUUGGACCUUUUGACACUCACACAGCCACUUAUUCGAUAAACUCAAGUCAAGUCAAAAAUGAAACUAUGAUCUGUCCUUCUUUCUUUCUUCCUUCCUUUCUUCCUUCCUGUGUCUUCAUUUGAAACAAUGACCCCGUCCUCCUUUGAAGUCCUCUUUUCACCCUCUGUGCCCUCAGUGACUCACGUUUCGCGUCUUGUUUCAUCCUGACAUCAAAACCUUUGUUGCUUCAUUGUAAAUUCAGCCUCAAAACAACACAAUAAGGACAGAAAUAAAACAUUUUUAUUGGCUCUCUCAUAUCUCCGUAUCUCCCUCUGUUGCUUCCUGCCUUAAUGUUGUGGUUCCUUCAUGAUGGUUAGAUUGCUGAGACGUCUAAAAUUUGUUGGAUCCUUUUUGGACAAUUUUUUGUUGUACCCCGUUUGGCUGGCACUGCUAUGAAUAGUUAGAGCUGCACAUAUGGUAAACUGAAAUAUACGUGGGGAGCAAAAAUGUUUAAAGUGAACCACAUGUUUGUUCUUAAUGAAUGUAUAACCGCUGAAAAACCACAUUUGAGCACAUGCCUGUGUAAAUUCAAGUUUCACACAGUCACUUCAGAGAGAGAGCUUGUUUUUCCUCUCUGCAUCCAGGGUCAACACGCUGACCUGUGGCUGACUCUGCUGAUGACUGCCCCGCUUUAAACUGUAUAUACAUAGGAAAAAAACGUUUAAUUUGAACCCCAAAAAUGCACAGAGUGGUGGAGUCUGAGUCCACAUGCUUGUGUUUUUGAUGGCAGCGUAAUAUUUUUGGGCUCGGGGAAGUGUAGUGUGGGUUGUGGGAAAGGGGCUGAGAGAGUAAGGGGGGGCUACAUUUCCUUUAGAGAAACAAUCUGUGUGUAAUUAUAUGUCCUGAUUGUGUGCAAGGCAAAGGAAGUGUGUGCCCAGAAUUAGGGGCUUGGGUGACGUCGUAUGGAUUGUGUGUGUGUGUGUGUGUGUGUGUGUGUGUGUGUGUGUGUGUGUGUGUGUGUGUGUGUGUGUGUGUGUGUGUAGGAGCCGUUUGUUUCACAGACGAGGGGAGGAUGUGGACGAAGAGGAAGCUUCCUCCUCGAACAGACUUUACAGAGGCAGCUGUGGGAUCCUUUGAUUAGUGGAACAUCUGGGGAACACACACGUACACACACACACACUUACACACACACACAAACACACACUUACACACACAUACACACACACACUUAAGCAGAUAGUCAAAGGUCUCCCCGUCUUACAGAAGUAGUUCAUCCUCCAGGCUAGCAUCUGAUAUCUCAUUAACACACAAACUCACAUCCACAGCUGGAUGGAUCUCCCAGAUUUCAAACAAAGCCAGACAUUUAAAAUCUGAUUAGGUGUGUCUAAUGUCACGUGCCAGCUCUAGCUUUAUUCCCUGUGUGUGUGUGUUUGAGUUUGAGUGUAGAGAGAACUGUGAAAAGGCUGUGAAAAGUUCCCAUCAGAGAGUAUCAACUUUUCCAAAAGUCUCCAGGAGCAAAGGAAGGGUUAACCAAACUCUUUCUUUCUUCCUCAUAAGAGCAAGGAGGGGUGUGGCUUUCUAUCUGGACACCAGCCACUAUACCUCCCCCUCAUCUCUCCAUCCCUCCUCUCCUCUCCUCUCCCCUCCCUCUCUGUGCUUUUCUGCCUGCGCACGUCAGUCGAGCUAUCAGCGCAGCAGUAGCAGCAUUAGUAGGGAAACGCUCAGGAAGGACGCCCGAUCACAAUGAGGCUCUGCAGCAGCAGCAGCUUUGGCAGCAGCAGCUUUGGCAGCAUUACUGCAGUCCUGUUGCUUGUUCUCCCCUCUGCUCCACUCUGCAGUCAGGAGGAGCAGCUAACCUGCUAGCCUCAGCUGCACCACAGCUUCCUCUGCAGCAGGCACAGGGUGCUGCCAACAGACAACAGGGGCCCUUCACAUCUCUGUGGGCCCUCUUUUGCAGCCAAACCAAGAAGAGGAACUAACCCAUCCUGUCUCCUUCCCCUACCUCCUUCCCCCCUCCUCCCUGUCUGUGUCUCUCUGUUUCUGUCCCUCCCUGUGGGCCGUGGCGCUGCUCGUCCCGCAGGUGUUCCUGAAGGAGGCCCUGGAGCAAAGACUGGAGAAGGAGAGGGAAGAGGUGCGGCGCCGGGCUGGCAUGGUGAUCCGCGCCCACAUCCUCAGCUAUGUGGCAAGGUGAGUGGAGGAGUGUGGAAGAGAAGGGGGAGGAGGAGGAGGAGGAGGAGAAGGGGGGCUGAGUGGCAGUGACAGAUGUGAGUGUUUGUUUUGUUAUAGAGGUGUGCAGCCUGCGUGUGUCUUUUCGGGGAGGAUUAUCCGUGCAUGUGUAUGUGCAUGCCUUUGCACAUGUGUUUACCUUUUACUCUGUGUGUGUGAGUUUGUGCUGUGUAGGUCUAUUUACAGUCUACAUGCAGAAGUUGCAGGUUCACUGGAGCAAUAAAAGAACUUUUUAUCACAUCACAGACAAAUUAGGCCUUAAAAACCUCUCUUAAAUGUGCUGAAUCACUCAUGAGUGAAUCAUACAGACUCAUGCUUUGGUUUAAGGAAAACAGCCAGACCUGCAAUAAGGAAAAAGAAUCAGACUUUGUGGAGAAAUGUGUCACACCCAUUACCUAUUUUUGGGAUUCUUCAAGGUCUCUUUAACACGUGUGUUGAAUUAUCCAAUUUAAAUGCCAUUUUUGAUGCCUCCUUGUACUCAACUUUUAAUAACAUUAUUGACCUCAGUCUUCAUUGAGGUAAAAUGUAAUUUUAGAAACAAUAUGUUACUGCUAAAGUUAGCACAAGUGCUGCGCAGGUUACUUUGAGCCUUUCACAGUUGGAAAAUGUGUAAAAACAGUAUUUCCAAACAGUUUCCAAGCUCUUUCUUUCUGGGUCUUAUAGUUUUACAAGUACAGGACUUUUCAAACCUUAAAGUAUCUUGCAAAGACAGAGUGAUCUGAAGUAAUACAUUGGCCAUUCCCUUUAAGUUUGAUCACUUUAUGAGUGUUUUUGAAUUAAAGCCUCACUCUCUCACUCUCACAGACAACUAUCAGUUGCACAGCUUAUAAUGUUUUCAUCUCCUGAAGAAAUCUCUCUCUCUUAGUCUGAGCUGCUUCUUUUCCAACUCUCUCCCCUCUGGCUGUCAGACAGGACAUCCAUCACCGGGCUGCUUUAAAAAUCUGCUCACACAGACACCCCCUCGGCAUGUGCUGUAGCUGUGUCUCACCUGUGUGCUGCCGUAGAGCCCUCCGAUGGCUCCACUGGGGGAGCAUGAGGGGGCUAAUUAAAGGUUGCAAGUUCCAUUCCCAUCAGAGUCAAAGCAAGGCACAAGAAGAAGAGCCUUUGUGUUGUUAUGUGUAACAUUAGAGCAGUCGGGGGGCCACAGAGUCAUUACUGUGGAGACAAGGCCGGGGUAAAGGUCAGAGAUCCAAAGGCAGUGUGUGUGGUCCUUUGUAAGUCACAUGUGUACUUGUGCGUGCUUGUGUUUAUAUGUGUGUGUACUCAAUGCAUGUGCAGUGUGUAGAUGGUGGGGCUUAGUCACAGAGCUAAACACAACAGCCCACACAGCCACAAUGGCUCAUCAGCCUCUUCGCAUUGCACAUUUCACAAUGCAUGUUUUCUUUUUGUUCACCCCAGUGUUUAUGUAAACAGAGAAUGUCAGCGGGCAGAUGCAGCAACGUCACAAAUCAUGUCUGCGGUGGCACACAAUCAGCCAAAGUUAACAUAAACACGACCUCGUUUCAAAGUUUGUGUUUGUUUUUGCCGCCAGGAAACAAUACAAGAGGGUUCUGUCCAGUGUCGUCACCAUCCAGAAGAACUACCGCGCUCACUUUUGGAGACGUGUCUUCCUGCGCAUCCGCUUCGCAGCGAUCAUCCUGCAGAAACACCACAGAGGCCAGCGGGCGAGAUCCCUCUUCCUCCAGCUCAAAGAGGAGAAGAAGAGGCAAGAGGAGGAGGAGGAGGAGAGGAGACGGAGGGAAGAGGAAGAGGAGAAGAGGCGAGUAGAAGAGGAGGAGCGGCGAAGGAGGGAGGAGGAGGAGGAGAGGCAGCGGCUAAUGGAGGCAGAGUUGAGGAGGAGGGAAGAGGAGCUGAGGUUGAUGAAGGAGGAAGAGGAAGGGAAGAAAAUGGCAGCUAAAGCAGACGAGAAGAGGUAAAGACGUUUUCAUCUGAUGACAGUGAUUGUUCGUUUUCAAGCACAUCAGUCACUCGUAAUUUUUUCUUUGUUUGUUUGUUUGUUUUUGCAGGAGCUCACUGGUCAAUGGAGUGUGUCAAAAGGUAAAUUCUUUAAAAUGUCAAAUGUCUCAAGUUGAAGGAGUAAAUGCGGUAGUAUAAAGUGUUCAUAAGGUGUUCAUAUUUAUGUCUUUCCUUUGCCCCUGACAGAAGGAGUUGUCUCAGACUCUUUCCCACAAUUGCACCUCUGAGGAGGAGAGCCGUCAGAUGGAGGAGAUCCUGCGCCUCGAGAGGGAGAUCGAACGUCUGCAGAAGCAGCAGGAGGACGGCGUGUCUCUACUCGGAGACGUCUCCCGUGAGGAGCUCCGCCAGAUGAGAGAUGCAGAGAUCUACAGACUGGAGAAGGAGGCUUCCCGCGUGGCCACCGAGUUCCUGGAGCUCUUGGACUUUGGCGGUUUGGAGCCGUCCCUCUCCAGUGAGGAGAACCUCCAUGAUCCGUCUGAAUCCACUGCUCCUCUGGCCGAAGAAGAGGUGGAUGAAGGAUUCCACGCUGAGGAUGAGUGCAUCCCUCUGCCGGACUUCCCUCCUCCUGCUAAAGUUCCUCUUGAUAAGGAGGUUUUCCAAAGUAUCCCCCCUCCCCCACCUGCUUUUGCAGAAGGACAAGUGGUCUCCUCCACUUCGGCCUCCUCUGCUGCACCCUCACAGCUUUCCCCUCUUACUCCUAACGGGCUGAACCAUGCCCCCCCUAUCUCAGAGUCCAGAACCUCAAGACCUCCUCUUGCUCCCGCUGUGGUCACUAAUGGAGAGAGGCGGAGGACAGGCAGGGGGUCAGACUUUGAGCCUGCAUGUGAUGAACCGACACAGACAAACCUGCAUGACCCAGAGUCAGACUACGACCAGGAGGAGUUUGAGGAGGCUCAUGGGAGCUCAGGUGCUAGCACUAACGAUGGCCAUAUCACAGACGAGGAAGUGCUGCGGAAAUCCUCCUGCACCCAGAACAGCCUGGAUUCAUUCAAGGGCAGCUCAGAUUCGGUGAGGACUUACAGGCUGAAGAUAGUUUCAUAUUCUGAUCCAGAUGAGUCAGUGUGUUCAGUUUGUGAAGCAAAAAAAGUGAAACAAACAGCUUGAUUUCCCCUCUCAAACCAUUAUUCCAAUAUGAACAUACAGAGCUAGCUCUUGAAUCACUGCUGUAUUAUUUGUUUUGGCUCUGCUGAUGAGCUUGUGAGUCUCUUCCCAGAUACUGUCAGUCAAGCAAGCAAAGAGCUCAAACCUCAGUGUGUCAGAUCAGCAAAAUGUCAGAGAGGAAGAAGGGAUUACGCUUGAAUGAGUGUGCAAGAGUGUAUGAAUGUGCUGCUGUGCAGGAUUGUCCAUGUCUAAUGUUGAAAUCAUGUUGAAACACAUUUGUCCUCCAUGAAAUAAUGCUCUUUUUGAUAUUUUCCCAAUCACUUUUACCAUGAAAAGAUACUGCCAAGUAUUUUCAUGAAGCAGACCCAUCACAAGUGUUGUUGUCUGUGCUGCAGUUCAUAGACAGCGAUGAUGACAACGACGGCUAUGUGGACACAGAUGAAGAAGUUUCCAAUGGUAGAGUGCAUCUGCUGAACGGCAGCGGGCCUCCAUACUUCCACGGCUACCUCUACAUGAAGAGUGAGUAGUUUUACCAAGCCACUGCUCUGCAGGCAUGCAGAUGAUUUCUGCACAGCUGAACACCACUGGCACUGUUAUUUCAGUCAAACAGCCUUUCUUUGUUUCCUGUUCUGUCCACGUUUUAUUCUGUUUUUUUCCACCUACCUUUUAUAUGUGCCAAAGUUAGUAUGAGCAUAAACGAGUAUAUUUAGGAGGUCUUAAAGCUGUUUGAGGAAGUCUGUUAUGUCUGUUUUGUCCUCUCUUAUGCAAUUUUUUUAACAGUUUAUUUAUUAAAUUUUUUUCAUAAACAGUAUAAUAUAAGUAUAAAAUUCACCCAAACCCACCCCCUCCCAGAACAGACCCCAUAGGCCAACCCCUACCCACAUUCUUAAAACUAAUAAUAAUAGUAAUGGUAAUAAUAAUAUAUAAAAGAAAAUAUCAAAGUAAAUAAAUAAACGGAAAAAGAUAUUAUGAUAAUAUAUAUGAAAAAUAUAUAUAUAAGUAAAUAAAUAAAAGGCUAAAUAUUAUGAUAUGAAUAUUGUGAUAAUGAUUAUAAUAAUAAUAAUAAUAAUAAUAAUAAUUAUUAUUAUUAUUAUUAUUAUUAUUAUUAUUAUUAUUGUUAUUAUUAUUAUUAUUAUCAUAAAAUUUUAAUAAACAAAUUGGUUAAAUAAUUAAAUAAAGAAACCCAAUUAUAGCAAAAUACAUGCAGCAAAGGUCAAGACAUUGACAAUGGCAAAGCACAGCUAUGUCUGCAGAUGUGCUACAACCAACAACCACCACCACACCAUCUAGUUAACUGUGAGAAGUUAUCCAGAUAUAUUUUAAAGUCAUUCCAGCAUUUGUCAAAAAGAUGGGGUUUCUUUUUCAUAUUGAACAUAAUUUCUUCAGAGGCCAUGUAUAAUGCUGCUUCCUCAAGCCACAUCAAGGCAGUAGGUGGGUUUCACUUUUCCACAAUAAAGCGAUGCAUUUAUUUCCAGCAAUUAAGGAUAGCCUAAUAAAAUACAUUCCCUUAUCUUGUCAGUGGGUAAGACAGAUGAAUCACCUAGCAAAAUCACUCUUGGUGAGUGAGGAAUCUCAAUCCCUGUGAUGUCCUUGAGUGCAUCCAAGAUGUGAUCCCAAAAUUGUUUCAAAUUUGCACAGUCCAAAAACAUAUGGAUAAUACUUCCUGUUGCAACCUUACACCUCGGACAAAGUUCAGAAAUAGCACUGUACAUUUUAUGGAGUCCCUCUGGUGUGAGAUAGACUCUAUGAAUAAGAUUAACCUGCAGAAGCCUAUGAGUCUUAUCCAAAACUUCAACUCACAACAACAUAACUAAACAUCCUUUCCUUCUUUUAGGUGGUCUGAUGAUUCCAUGGCGUCGCCGAUGGUGCGUCCUCAAGGAUGAGACAUUCAUGUGGUUCAGAGCCAAGCAGGACUCCCUUAAAUCUGGGUGGCUCUACAAGAAAGGAGGGGGAAUGUCCACCCUGUCUCGGCGUAACUGGAAGAUGCGCUGGUUUGUUUUGCGCGAAUCCAAGCUCAUGUACUUUGAGAACGACAGCGAAGAGAAGCUGAAGGGAACAAUCGAUGUCCGCACUGCAAAGUGAGACCCCCGCUCCUCUCAUUGUGGUCAAAGAACCCUGGUUUCCUUUUCUUUACUCAGCUCUGGUUUCCUCUGGGUCUCUUUUCAGGGAAAUCGUGGACAAUCAUGAGAAGGAAAAUGCACUCAACAUUGUUACAGAGGAGAGGACCUACCACAUCUAUGCAGAGUCUCCAGAAGACGCCAGGUAUGUACUUCCUUUUGAGGUCCUAGACUACCGCUGGCUGUUUCCUAGGUGGUGUUUUACUUUGUCAUCACCCUAAUUUAAAAUGAUGUGUGGAAAUAAAGUUCCCCCUUGUGGUUGCCAGUGGAAGUUCAUGGUGUAAUUAACGAUCACAUGCUUGCUGACUUUCGCUUUUUCAACUCCCUCUGACCCCAUCCAGUGGUUGGUUCAAUGUGCUGAGUCGGGUCCACAGCGCCAGCCCGGAGCAGCUCGUGGAGAUGCACCAUGAACAGGCCAACCCCAAGAAUGCAGUGGUUAGUGCUGUUUUACCUCUUUACUGCCAGGGCCCGGCGUCAACUCUCAUUUUUCACUGGGGGGAUGAUGAAGCGUAUAACUGAAUCUGCUGAAGUAUGGCAGUCUAGAUUGGAGUUACAAAGUCACCCUAUCUACUUUGAACUCCUACUUCUUUUUACCCAGAUUUUUAAGGAUUCUUUUGGCUGAAUAUACCUGUUUCUCCAUCUCACUGACACCAGAAUUUUAAAGUAACAUGAGCCUUGAUUAGAUAAAAAAGGAAGAGUCCAGUAGUUUUCAAAAAGGUGAAAAGUUGGUUUAGACUUGGCAAAGGGUUUUGAAAAGUUAGCAGGAUUCAUGAAAAAUGUGUGUUUUUUCAAGUGAUGCCAAUUUUUAGCACCAUGAAUAUUUAGUGGAGCUAAUUUUUAAACAGCUCUGACUCAAAGGUCCCUUUAGUGAAAACCAACAAAGGAAAACAUCUGUAAAUGGUCUACAGCUGAUAACUUCUGUGCUUUACCUCUUCUUUAUCUGUGCAGGGCACACUAGAUGUGGGCUUGAUUGAUUCAGUUUGUGCAUCAGACAACCCAGACAGGUGAGAAACAACCUGAAAACUCUUUUUUUUUAAAAAACAGUCUGAGUGGUAUGCACACAGUACAACCACAUGUGUAUUUUCUGUUUUGCAGACCAAACUCGUUUGUGAUCAUCACUGCUAACCGGGUGAUCCACUGCAACACUGACACACCUGAGGAGAUGCACCACUGGAUCGGCCUGCUGCAGAAAUCCAAAGGAGACUCCAGGGUGGACGGGCAGGAGUUCAUAGUCAGAGGUCAGAGAGAGUUUAUUUAUGCAGUUUUAUUUACACCACAGUAGGACAUGUCUGCUUUGCUUCCCACAUGACAAAUGGGACUGUACACUGGAGAGCAAAAUGUGUGAAAUAAUGUUUGAAAGAUGGGAAAGAGAGGCAAUCACUUGAUGACUGGAAAGUUAAUAACUUUUCCUCUCUCAGGCUGGCUACACAAAGAGAUGAAGUCCGGUGCCAAAAGCACGUCUCUGAAGCUGAAGAAGCGCUGGUUCGUUCUCACCACUAACUCUCUAGACUAUUACAAGUCUUCUGAACGCAGUGCCUCCAAACUGGGAACUCUGGUCCUCAACAGCCUGUGCUCUGUGGUGCAGCCGGAUGAAAAGGUCUUCAAAGAUACCGGUCAGUUCAUGAUUUAUUAUUUCCAGGAAUCUUCAGAAAGGGGAAUGAACACUUUUUAUUUUGAAACAUCUCAAAUGAGUUUUUAUUAUCUUCCAUAUUUCAGGUUCUAACAUUAUAUUAGAAAUCUAUAUUAGCAGUUCUUUGCUCUUUCUGAGAGUGAUUAGUCCUCAUGAGUAAACCUUUGCCUCGCUCACUCAGGGUACUGGAACAUUAUCGUCCAUGGGCGUAAACACUCGUACCGUCUCUACACCAAAAUGCUGAAUGAAGCCAUGCGGUGGGCGAACGCCAUACAGGGAGCGAUUGAAAGCAAAGUUCCCAUUGAGACACCAACACAACAGCUCAUCAGGGACAUCAAGGUAUUAAAGGAAUAAUCCCACUUUUUGAACCUUCAGUGUGUCAGUCAUUUUAAUGUUGUUCUAAUAUUUACUGGUCUUUGUGUUACACUCAUUUCUAUUAAUAUGCUCAUUAUAUGUCUGCAUGACUUUUCAUUGAUGUAUUUUAUGUUAAUGUAUAUAUUGUUUGACUCCAACUCUUUACAGUCAUGCAAAUCUUUGGCAGGGACACACGUUUUAGUAAAGUGAGGUACUAAGACUCACUGUGUGUGCGGUGAUCUGCUCUCAUCCUCUCCCUCACCUGCUUCGACAUAUUUGUGUUUGCCUCGCUCUUCUUACAUUCCUGGCUUUACUUCACUUUACUGACUGAAUUAUACAUUUACAAUAUGAUGGUUCGUUAUUCAUCAUGCUUAAGGUUAAGAUGACUGAUCAAGUUUUGUGUCUGUGCAGGAGAGCAGUUUGAAUGUGGAGGCUGUGGAGCAGACAUACUGGAGGAACCCCAUCCUGAGAUAUACCCAGCAUCCUUUGCACUCCCCUCUUCUACCUCUGCCCUAUGGAGAUGUCAGCAUCCACUGUGAGUGCAGCUGGUACUCAGAUCAGCUUUUGUACAACCUGACAACAUGCAUUUUCUAUUUGAUUUAUGUGUAUUUCCAUCAUAUAGUGUAAUACAACAUUAGAGCUCACAAGAAACAAAAUACAGACUAACUUAUUUCCUCAAAAAUAAUCCUAAUUUAAAGAAUAUCUUUGUUGUUAGGGAAGUUUCUGGUAUGAUAAACAUCGGUAAAGGUCAAUUGAAUGUAUGAAUUGAUGCAUUUAUUUAGAAAUGAUGUCAGAGGACAGAAGCAGUACAGGAUUGCAUGGACUUACACAAGCCCCUUAGCCCUUCUGUCUGUGCAUAUCAACAUAAAAGUCUAGAUUAUUUAUUUAUUUAUUAUUUAUUUUAGAUCCACCAUUAGUUACAACAAGAUAUGCAGUAACUAUUCUUCCUGGGGUCCUUAUCUUCUUUUCCAUUUUCCAUUUGAACUUAAACAUGUACUGACAGACAUUACACUUACAUAACACUCAUUCUACACUUCAUUCAUACAGUAGCUCUUAUUCUCUCUUGCUUGUUGAAAAACAAACCAAUACAUAAAUAAGACAAAGAAAGAAAAGUGAAGAGACAAAAAAGAAAAACAGAGCUUAUCUCAGGGAUAACAAGAAAACUUAAUCCAUCAGAGAGAACAGAAUAGGACACAAUAAUAAUGCUAGGUGUCCUUUUUCCAAGUGCAAAAACAUUUAGAGAUAUGAAAAAGUAGAUUUAGUCUGAAACUUUACUCCCUCUGUGUCUGCCUCCCAGUGCAAAAGGAGAAGGGCUACACCAGCCUGCAGGACGAAGCCCUGAAGAUUUUCAACUCACUGCAGGAGAUGGAGGCGGUGUCAGACCCUGUGCCAAUCAUCCAGGGGAUCCUGCAGACCUGUCAAGAUCUGAGGCCAUUAAGAGAUGAGGUCUACUGCCAGCUGAUCAAACAAACCAAUCACGUCCCUCACCCUAACAGUCCUGCCAACCGUGCACACUGGCACCUCCUGACCUGUAUGAGCUGCACCUUCCUGCCCAGCCGAGGCAUCCUACGCUACCUCAAGUUUCACCUCAAAAGGUGCAGCAUAAUCCUGGACAAUAAAAUUACAUAUGUAAUUAAUCAUAUUAUAACAUGUAUAAUUACAGCCGGCUGAGACAUCUAGCUGACUGUGUCUGUGUGUGUUUGGGUGUUUUCAGGAUCAGGGAGCUGUUCCCCUGUACAGAGAUCGAAAUGUUUGCCCAUUUCAUCGGCGAGUCUCUGAAAAAGACGAAGGCCAGAGAGUUUGUUCCCUCUCAGGAGGAAAUCAUGGCACUGCUCUCAAGACAGGAGAUGACCACCACUGUGUACUGCCAUGGUGGAGGCUCCUGCAAGAUCUCCAUUAACUCACACACCACUGCUGGAGAGGUGUGUGAUAUUUAGACCAUCACCACAUGAGCUUCUUUGAAUAUUCCUUUUUUUCACUUAAACUCUAUUACAGACUCUUUAUCAGCUGCUGUGAUGAUUGUUGUCUUUUACUUUGUUCAGGUGGUGGAAAAGCUGAUCAGAGGUCUGGCUAUGGAGGACAGCAGGAACAUGUUUGCACUGUUCGAACACAACAACACUAUUGACAGAGCUGUAGAGAGCAGGGUGCUAGUGGCUGAUGUUCUGGCUAAAUUUGAAAGGUGAGUUGUAAAUCAUCACAGGAAGUAAAUCUAAAACUAUUAUGUGACUCUUUCAUUUUGAGAUCUGGUCAACAGAUUCACAUUUAUGGUCAGGGUCACUGGUUUUCAUUGCAAGCUUUUUAGUAGUAUUUAAGUAUAAUUUAAGUGUUAGAGACCCUCAUGAAUGCUCCACUCUACCAUCUCCCACCUCUCCUUCUGCAAACCUCGUAUCCACUCAGAUGAGCCCCUCCCUUCAAUGAGGCAUCAAAAAAACACACCAAAUAUAUGUAUAUGCAUCCCAAAUAAAUUCAAAAGAAGCAGCUGCUGUGUGCCACUGCUGCUGUGCUGUGCAGGUCACAGCAACACUGAGGCGAGGAGAAAGCAACAGGUAGAAAGAGGGAGUGCAGCCACUACAAGUCAGUUAGAGGCUGGAUGAUGCUAGUCUGCUGUGGUUAGCAAGCAGAUUGGUUGGUUGCCUAGACAACUAAAUCCAAAAGGGCCAACUGCUCACAGACAUACACACUUUUUUAAGAGUUUUUGGUUUUUUUUCUUUUCUUUUUACUGUUUUUGUUUGUUUGUUUGGUCUUGUUAAAAAAUAAUGAAAGCUUAAUAAAAGUUGAAUCAUCAAAAAAAUCAUUUAGUUUGAUGUUGUGAGAGAAAUGCAUGAAAUAGUGUUGCUGACUGUAGCUUUAAAAGUGAUCUCCUCAGGUCAUGGUCUGUCUUAUUGUUUGCAAUCACUGAUAGACUCAGAGUUAUUUAAAAGUGCAAUCUGUUAAAAAUGAAAACAAACUGCAGGAUAAAGGACAAAAGAGUAUCUUUGUUAGAAACAGUCUUGUUAUUUUCUCUUCAGGCUUGCUGGGAGUGAUGAAGCUGAGGAUGAAGGCCAGUGGAAACUCUAUUUUAAACUCUAUUGUUUCCUGGAUGUAGAGAGCAUGCCGAAAGAAGGAGUGGAGUUUGCCUUCAUGUUUGAGCAGGUGUGUUCAAUAAUCACAGAGGCUUUUUUGAAUCUCAUGUUGCAGCCAGUGCUAACGACAACCUGCUGUUCUUUCAGGCUCAUGAGAGUUUGAUCAGAGGUCACUUCCCCUCCAGAGAGGAGACUCUGCAGCACCUGGCCGCUCUCCGCCUUCAGUUCCUGUAUGGGGACAAAGCACGAGCCACUUGGAACCUCGAAAGUGUCUACCCUGUAGGCCGUCUGCGCGCUCGCAUCCUCCAGUUUACCAAAGUGGGCGGGGCCUCAGGGUCUGGCCAGACUUUGGAGCGUCGGAGGACCAGCUUUCUGGAUGGGACCCUGCGGCGGGGGCUGAAGACAGGUUCAAUGAAGAAGCAGCGGAUGGAGGAGGAGCAGAUGCUGGAGAUGUGGAUAAAAGAAGAGACAUCUGCUACCAGGGCUAGCAUUGUGGAGAAGUGGUCCCGCCUUCAAGGAUUGGAUCAGCACCAAGCCAUGCUCAAAUACAUGACUAUCAUCAAGGAGUGGCCUGGAUAUGGAUCCACUCUGUUUGAUGUGGAGGUAAAGAUACACAAUCCACUCAUACUAUUCCUUUUCUCUCUAAACAUGUUGAUUAGGCCUCAACAUGUCUUAGAUACCAGGCUUCAACAGACACUGAAUGAUACUCAUGAGUCCCUAUGUUUGUGUCUUUACAGUGCAGAGAAGGAGGCUUCCCUCAUGAUCUCUGGUUGAGUGUGAGUGCUGAAAAUGUGUCUGUCUAUAAGAGAGGAGAGCCCAAACCUCUGGAGACUUUCCCCUACGAGCACAUUGUUUUCUUUGGAGCCCCACAGCCGUGCACCUACAAGAUCACAGUGGACGAAAGAGAAAUGUACUUUGAAACACCACAGGUAUGUCAUCAUCUGUGUCAGUCAAAGGAAACGGGUUCAAUGAUUUCAAUUUUAGAGAAAUUGCUUUGCCUUGUAAUAAGAAUGUCACAUCUGACUGUUUGUUUUAUUUGUCCAUUUCCAGGUUGGAGAGAUCACAAAGAUCAUGAAAGCCUACAUAAACAUGAUUGUGAAGAAACGUUGCAGUGUGAAAUCUGUAGCCAGCUUUGGAGCCAGCUGGAUCAGGUGAUUGAUGCUGCAGGACACUAAAUGAACCAGCUUCAGUCCACCUGACAGAAAACCAAGAGGCAUGAAAAGACAAUGUAAAGACAGAAACGGUGUCUCUCCUGCUUUGAAGUAAAAGUGGGAACAUUUAUGCAUCUGAAACCAUUUAAGCUGUCAGAGUGUGGCCUCCCUCCAAACAUGCUUCUGCUUGUGUUAGUUACACUGGUCAUGUCUCACAUCUUACUUGAAAUAUUUUUCAGGUGUCUUUUUUAUGUGUUUUUUUUUUUUUUAUUAAAACAUUCACAUCUCAAUUAGGACUUUUCCAAAAAGUGCAGGCCAUGGUUUUUUUUUUUUGAGCAUGCAUCCAACACAUGUAUAAAUGAGCUGUUGUGGCAAAUAUUCUUUUUAAUCAUGUGUAGUUUCGACACAUAUUGUUCCCCUUUGUAAUGAAUGUUCUCCUGAAUGGAGAUUCCCUCAGGUUAAUGUGUAAUAACAACUGUCCCAGGGAGUUUACCUUCCAUAUUUUGCCUUAUUUAAGUGUUUAUUUUUAGCUCUUCUGUACUAAUAUAGUUUAGGUGCAGAUGCUGCCUUUCAGGAAUUGAUUAUACAUUUUUAAUUUGUUAGGAUUUACAGCUUCCACUGGUGCCAUUUAAACACAUCCCAGUUUGAGAUAAAUAGAAACCCUGCCUCUAAAAGUAAUAUGAAUGCAUAAAAAAAUCAGUGUUGAGUAAAAAUGCAACAUCAAGUAUUGAGAACUUGUGCUGAGCUGUUUGACUGUGUGCUGGCUUGACAGUAUGUCUGAAUCUUUUUGUAAAUGAAAGCUGAUCAAGGGUUUUAGUGAGAAAUGCAUAGGAUUUUGCUUAUUCAGAAUGUCUGUGUCUGGAGAUUGUUUGAUUUUGUUGUUUUCAAAGAUGUAAGCAGCCAUCUGAGGGUGGGGUAUUUAUUAGCUACAAGAAGAUUGAAAAGGCUGAAUUGUAUUGAUGCAGUUCUCUUAGUACAUGUGUUUUUCUUCACUGGUGCUUACAGGAGCACAGAAGUUUAGACUCCAAUAUAAACACCUUUUGUUUCCUUCCUUUUGUUCCCAGUGUAAAAGUAUGUUAAGCUUAAUACCCGACCUCACCAACUCCCUUACAAUCUGGCUCUCAUACAGUGUAAAAACCAGAAAGGAUUGAAGCUAACACCGGUCACCUGACAGUGUACUUCAUGAUGACACUAUGAUCCAGACAUGAUGAGCGUAGUGUUUACCUCACAUCACAUCACUGUCUUCCAUUGCUCUUCGAUCACACUCACUGAGGCAAUCUGGUUAGCUGCCGGCGGCCACACCAGAGACUGAUGUUGCCUUGACGAUGACUGUAUUUCUGAGAUUUCUGAUUGUUUUGACAAAGAAAAAUCAGACAGUGUUUUAUAUCGAAAUUUAAAGAUGCUUUAAUAAAUUAUUGUAUUUCAAAAGCUGUUUUUUGUUUGCUGUUUCUUUACUGUAGAUAACUAAAUGGUUCAUAUCAAUAAUAGCCCUGCAUGCACCACAGGAAUACACUGAAAAAACAGGGAAGAUGUGUUAGAUAAUACAAAGAAACUUGUAUUCAAAUGAGUGUUGCAGAUUUUUUCAUUGUAUAGCCCAGAUUAAUUGAGUCCUUUUUAGUAGCAUUAUUAUCUAAAAUUGCAAGGGAACAUUUUAUGCAGUCUGUUGGUUCCUCCCACAUGUAUUAUUCUAAAACAAAAUCAUUAGAGCCCUAAAAUAUUAAGGAAUAAGAAACUGACAUAAACAUUAUGUCAUAUUCUGCUGCCUGUAAAUUUAGUCUAAAUGAUGUGACCUGAAUACAUUAUUUGACAAUGACAGGUCCAACCAGCUGCUGUGUUAAAAUGGAUACAACCAAAGAGAAAUCUGUUAAUGAUUAUUUUUACGCUGGAAGUGUCCCCCUCUCACCUCCUCUUAUUCCAGUGGAAAAAGGUAAACUGGGACACAGAGUACUAGACAGGUACCACAAUGCUUUCUUACUCAGUCAGUUAUCAAUAUCAAAUUUACCUGAAAUCUCCUCUCCUGCAUGGGUGGCAAUAGAAAUAGAGUUGGUUUUUUUUUUUGUUUUUUGUUUUUUUUUUUUGGGGGGGGGCUUAUCUGUGUGACUGUGGGAGGAUGUUAAUACUACAGGAACCAGCUGCUAAUUGGUUAUGGGCUAAGUCUGCAGGACCAAUCGGGGAGGAGCGGCAGAUUCAAGAGGCUGUGUGUGAAAUAAAUCCCCAUUAAACAAAAGCAUCAUCACUGUGGCAUAAUAAGUAAAUUGAAAAAAAAAGAUCUACAUGGGAAAAUGGUUAAGAGCUGAUUUAAUGUUAAUUUUCCAACUCCCAAACUGUGAGGGUGUUAAACUUACAUGAGAAACAAACCUGGAAACAUCUGUUCAAGGAGGAGUGUGAGUGAAAUUAGAACAGUUACAGUAUUGUAUUGCUCAAGACAGGCAGACCCACCUAGUUAUAUCGAAAAUAGUGAAUUUGAGUCACAAAACUAAAGAUUAGGACUCAGGGAGGAUGACAGCUAUUGAACUAACUAGACUGAAAAAAUAUAUAAAUGCAACACCUUUGUUUUUGCUCCCAUUUUUCAUGAGCUAAACUCAAAGAUCUAAGACUUUUCCAUGUACACAAAAGACCUAUUUCUCUCAAAUAUUGUUGACAAAUCUGUGUUAGUUCCUUUGCUGAGAUAAUCCAUCCACCUCACAAGUGUGGCAUAUCAAGAUGCUGAUUAGACAACAUGAUUAUUGCACAGGUGUGCCUUAGACUGGCCACAAUAAAAGGACACUAAAAGGUACAGUUCUACUGUAGUGGACAUUUCUGCAGUCAGCAUACCAAUCGCACACGCCCUCAAAACUUGUGACAUCUGUGGCAUUGUGCUGUGUGAUAAAACUUUACCUUUUAGAGUGGCCUUUUAUUGUGGCCAGUCUAAGGCACACCUGUGCAAUAAUCAUGCUGUCUACUCAGCAUCUUGAUAUGCCACACCUGUGAAGUGGAUGGAUUAUCUCAGCAAAGGAGAAGUGUUCCGUAACACAGAUUUAGACAGAUUUGUCGACAAUAUUUGAGAGAAAUUGUUUUUUUUUUUGUGCACAUAGGGAAAGUCAUGGAUCUUUGAGUUUAGCUCAUGAAAAACAAAACUGUUGUUUAUAUUUUUGUCCAGUAUACAACUAACUGGGUACUUUAUAUGUUGUAAACAGGUGAAAUGGUUAGACAUUGUUCUAUGCAUAAAUAAUGUACUAAAAACAGAGGUAAGGGCCCCAUGGAAAAAGAUGGUUAUAAUAAUAUUUGGUGGUCCUUUUUAUGUACAUAAUUUAACAGGUCUGAUAUAACCUGAUCUUCUGGUGGUCAGCUGCUCAAAACUGAGAGGUAAUACUGUGACAUGAUAACCUUUAUUCUAACUUUUUAUAUUAGUUGUGAAUUUGUAAUGCUUUUCUCACCUUUCAAAAAAAACAAGAAAAAGUUGAACAAAGAAAAAAAACAGCUUGAAAUUUAUUUUUGUUGCUACUUGUCAUUUUUUCAAAGCAUGAACUUAUAUAUUUUAAAUAACUGUGGAGAUCACUCUAUAAAACGUAUUUCACUUUUUUAAAGCUGGGCCUUUCACAUAACAUUCGUGUAUUUGGUUUAAUCGUGUAAUUUGGUGGCUGGAUAGUGUUAUUCCUUCGUAAAGUUGGCAUUUCUGCUGGUUACUCUACAGGAUUUCACAGAUGUCUGCAGACAGCGCAGACAGACGUCUCACUCCGCAGCUGUUUUCUGACACCGGUGGCAGCGUCAGGCCUUGGUGACGUCAGGUCCCGUUAAGCAGAGAUCCUCCCUUCAGCCCGACUCUCAGAAAACCACUCUCUCUCUUCUCCGUUGUUCCUCUUCUCUGUGGAUGAUUUCUUGUUGUCUCACGAUGUUAAGAGUUUACGCAGGAUCGGUGUUUACGCUAACUUUGGUUUUCUGCACUUUCUUUUUAUACACAGAGGCGCAAACAGCGACUCCUUCUCCAGCAAGUAAGUGUUUCUGUUUUUUUAAUGCCUUUGUGCUUUGUUCAGUCCAGAGUCAGGUCAGGAGGCUGUCACAUGACAAGCAGCUGUAAGGACUUUUACUUAUAGAAGCAUAGAUAAUCAUCUUAAUUGGUGGUUUGUAUUGGCUAAUCUAAUUAUGAAGACUAGCUGCUUUCUACAGCAUACAAACUUUUUUUUUCAGUGUGUAAAUAACAGUUUCAUAUCUCUGUUUCAGCUCCCUGUGCCUCCAGAUCCAACACAAGUUGUGAGGAAUGUUUGAAAAAUGUGACCGUAGGUCAAAUAACACUACUACAUUGUUGAUGUAUGAACACAUGUACUUAUAGAUAGUAGGAAAAAGUGUUUUUUGCUGUCUUGUGUUGCAGUGUUUAUGGUGCUCUCCUACUGCACGAUGCAUCGACUACCCGACCAGGAACAUACUGCCCCCCAGCAGUGUGUGUCCUCUGAAUGAUGCACGGUGGGGGGUAUGUUGGGGUAAGACUAUCUCAGCCUAAAACCUCACUGAUGCAUGCUUAGGUGUGAAUAUUCCCCAGACUAUUUGGUGUUUUUUGGGUGUGUGGAGGAGCGUCUGAUGACACACAUGACUGUCACUGUGAUAUGUUGUUCUGUCUCUUAGUCCUUCCUCUUUUUUUUUUAUCUUGAGUGUUUAUAUUUGUCUUUGUCUCAUUUUGCUCCCAAACUGCCCACCACUUUCUAACUAAUAACUGCUUUAUUUUACUGACAGUCUGCCUUUCUUUUCACAACUUUUGUUUUGUUUUGUUUUACAGCACAAAAAGGAGCAAUAAGGAGAUAUUAUUACUAAAUUGUAGAAAAUAUAUGAAGUUUUUUCCCACAGUUUUAAUGAUUUUCCUUGAUUUUUGUGUGAAGAAAAUAUCUUAAAAAUUACCUUCACAAAAAGGAGUGUAAGGACCACAUGUUGUGCUGCAGAAUCAGUGAUUGGCAUUUGUCACUGUUUUCUGUCAGCAGCUGAAGUAGUUAUGUACUUACAUGAGAAAUAAUGGAAAAUGACUGCGCUAAAUGUCUCCGUCUGUUCCCUUAAUUGAAUAACGAUUUAAUUACAGUAACUUAAACUCCAUGGUAACACUGGCACAAAGAGUCAGAGCCAAAGUCAGGCACAGUCCUUGUCUGUGUCGUGACUCGUUGUCUCUGUUGAAUCUCAGCAUUUAAAUUUCCACCAUUUAUGUCUUUGUUACUGUUCUUAGUAAAUUUCCAGAUUCUGAUCAUCACCAUGUCAGCGCUGGCCGGGGUCAUCCUCAUCGCCAUUUUUGUUUGCGUCUGCUGCUGCUGCAAGUGUGAGAGAAUCGGGUAAGCACCAAGUCACAUGAAGCUCUGACUGUGAAAUCUGGUUCAACAUGGAGGGAGGAGGAGGACGUGGGAGCACAAUGGGUUUGUUUUUCUGCAAGGCUCGACUGAUACCGCCAUCUCCAAAGCCUGCCAGAAUUUGUAACUGUGGUUAACUCUCUAAAUAGCUUUACCCUUUCCAGUGAGACAUGCUCCAGUUUUCUGAAACAACAAGUCAAUUUAAUCAUUCUGCUGAAGGAUCAGACUUUUUAUCUCAUUGACUUUUACAGCAGCAUUAGCCUAAGUGUAACUGUUGUUUUUUUGUUUUACAAUGUAUGUCUGUUGCAAAUUGUACUUUUAUAUAGCUCUAUAUCUGUAAAAUCACAUAUUCUUGUUUUCUAGGAACAAGAAAGAAGAUGCAAAGAUUGAACGACAGACUAGAGCAAGGAAGGCCCGGCAGAAAGAGAGGUCAGGAGCACAUUUAGAUACAGAGAACAAAGACUAAUCAGUUGAUUUGUUAGAAAUAUAAUAACUGUAAAUGGACACUGGGGGGCGUCAGUCUUAAAGUUUGUGCUGUUGAUUUUAUGCUGCUUCUUGACAGUCCAAGAAAAAAAAUUAACCAAAAAAAGGAAUCUUUCAGACAUUCAAGCCUUUUAACCCCUCAAUAAAUGUGAAAUCAAACAUUCCAGCCAAGAAUUUUCAUACUUACAGUUAAACAUAACAGUAAUUACUAUAUUUUUUGAUCGCUGUAAAAGACUAUUACAGUAAUGACAUUAUCUAGUUGUAUUAGGAAUAAGUUUGUAUUUUGUAGGACAUUUAGGAUAUAGUGAUGGUUGAGGUCAGAUCCAUGAGGAUGUUGGAUAAUUAAUGACUUUUGUUUGUGGGUUAGGUUUUAAAUCGGUCUGUACGUCUUCCCACUCCUUUUAUAGAUCACUAAACCAAAUCAUUGACAAUCUUGAAUUACAUUAUUUCCUGAGUGACCAUUUUGAUUUUUAUGUAUUAAAAUUAAAACAGAAUCAAAAGACCUUGACAUAGUUGCAUUUUAUGGAAAAUCAGUGUGAAGAAUGUUAAUUUUAUCGCCAUAACUUUUGCUUUUGCUGUUGCUUCAUUUUUUAAUGUUCACCACAUGUAAUGCAGGUUUUCGUCAUACAGAUAAUCCCAAUAUCACCCCACAGAAGUUCUUGUGCACUAGGCAUCCUGAGACUGUAGUUGUGUUUUUUCUGGUCAUCUAAAAAUUUCUUUUUGUCUCUCCCCAACAGGAGGACAGAAAUGCAGCUGAGGCAUGACGAAAUCAGAAACAAAUAUGGUGAGACACAUUCUCUGACUGAGUGCUGGGACUGAGUCAGAAAGUCUGAAUUUGAAAAGUUAAAGAUUUGUCUGUUUUCUGAGCUUUGCAGAAAAUAAGCAGUGAUUAAACACUUCUGUUAAAAAGGCAAGGUUUACAAAAAACAAGAAAAGCUGAACAAUGGUUCAAAGAAGCAACAAACAACUUUGACUCAGUAGUGCCAUCUAUUGGAUAAAAGUGUCAAUACAAAUUCUGAAAUGUCCAAUGAUAAUGAUUUUAGAAAGAUUUGGACUUCAGGAGCACAUUUACCUUAAAUGUCAAACACUAUCUCCUUUGUUCUCUUUUCAGGUCUGGCCAAGGAUAAUCCGUACUCCCGUAUGGAUGAUCACUGA